GUCUCUUAUUGGUUUGUAUGCUUAUGUCAUCUCUGUACGGUCUGCGUUGUUUACAUCUGCCAGUUGCCAGAUGUGCAGAUAAUAUGUGGGAACAAAUUUCAGAUGGAGCUGUUUGGUUAUACUUCGCAGUAGCCCGCUGGUAAAAUAUGGUCCCCGGAGAAAACGCUCAUGAGGAGUUCACGCUCACCCAGGAGAACAUGCCAGUGCAGUAUAACCGGUUAGCUGAACUGAUAGGACGCUGUGGAAAAAUGCCCUGAUGAUGAAGCGUUUUCCCGUAAGAGUAUUCCGUUUCGGUUUCUAUCCCUCGUAAACUUCAGGCUGUGACCAAGCGCCCUUCUGUCACCUGAGUACAAAGGAACCUGGGACCGAGACGAGCUGUGGGAGGCUCACUUAUUCUGGACACGCAAAGGGAAGUGUAGCUUAAAUACAGACUUUAGAAAGAGGAAAAAGGGAAAUACGUUGUUUCACUCUGGUAACCAGUACGAGGAAAUGGUCCGAUUUUAGGUCUUGGAUACGAUUUUGAAAAGUCCUGUUUUUGUUGGAUAAGCCACAUGAUAAGGAUGUUUAAGGGUAGAUAGAGUAAGCUCGUCUUUAACUGAAAUAAUGUCGGACAUACAGAGAGUUCUGUCUCCCCUCCGGAGACUCAGUUAUGCUGUGGGUCACUUUCUGAAUGACCUGUGCGCGUCCAUGUGGUUCACAUAUCUGCUGGUCUUCUACCACUCAGUCCUGGGGUUUCAAAAUUCCUAUGCAGGUCAGUCUGUCUGUCUCUCUGUCUGUCUGUCUGUCUGUCUGUCAGUCCGUCUGACUGUCACUCUGUCUAUCUGUGUGUGUCUGUCUAUUUAACCGCUGUCUUUCUGUCAGUCUCUGUGUCUGUGGAAAUAUUUGCUUUCAUUGCAGUCUUUUGGUGGUUUUUCGACCCCAGGAACUUACCCCAGCAACUUAGGACCUUUUUAGGAACUCAGUUUGAUUACACAUAACACAUUAAACACUGGCAGCACAUACAAACAAGCACACAGAAGAGGAAAUAUUUGAUCCAGUCCUCUGUGACCUAGUCUGAUAAGCAGAACUAUGCUAGUACAUAAAUUUGGCCUUCUAGUGCAAUUUUUAUUUCGUCACAUGAAUGCUUUUGGACAUUUUAACGGUGUCAGGGGUUAGCCUGAACAGGAAACAACCUUUUUUUCAUUAUAUGCUGGUUAACAAUUUGCACAGACACCAGCUGAGCAGAGAGAGAGGUGUAGAGGUACUAAAGAGCAGUAACAGCUAAUAAUUCCAGCCACCUGAGGUUAUUAAUAAUCAGCUGACCUGAUUUUGGAAAGCUUUUUGUCAGAACAAAAUCAGCAGAGACUCAACUAAAGAGAUGUUAUUUUAUUUCCUUACACCAUUCUCGGACAUCAUUGGUCUGAACUUCAGGCCCCCCGGUGGUAAUGCAGACAACAAUGGGUCACAGGAACCAUUUAGAUCCUGCAAGAGAAGAACCUGAAACUCAAAGUUCUUCUGGUCGCAAAGCACCUUAUCACUGAACCUGCAAAUUGAUAUCAUCCCUGACACACAUUGUCUUCCUGUCUGUUACCACUAAUGGACUGUCAUAUUACUGGUUCACCCUUGAUUUAGGUGUGCUGCUCCUGGUUGGGCAGAUAACUGAUGGCAUCUGUACGCCUCUCAUCGGCUACGAAUCCGACCGAACUUCUGGCUGUGGCAACUAUGGCAAGAGGAAAACAUGGCAUUUAGUUGGUAGGUCAAAUGAACUAGACACCUUGAUAGUAUUACAGUUUCCGAAGGGAUUUAACUUUGAACAGUUCAGAAGAUUUGUUUCAAUUAAGAGAAACUUUCAGAUCUUAAGUAGGGAAAAAUCAAUUUCGCACAUAUUUAUUUGGUUUAUUUAUAUUCUGCUUCUAUCUGUUCCUCUUUUUGACAUUGUUUUUAUCAACCACCACAAUAGCUAAGAUCCCAAAUAUUUAACAUUUAUCUAAAUAACUUUUACAUGUUCAUACUAUGAGCAUGUUUCUUCAUAAUACUGACAAAGAGUAGUCCUUUAGUGGAUCUUUGACCCACAGAUGUAAUUCAUGUAACCUUUUAUGAAAGAUUGCACAGACUUUGCUCCCAUACUGGACUCUUUACAUAGAUUUUAUUGGUACUAGUCAGGUCAGAUCAGGUUUAACAAGACUGUAAUGACAAAGAACAUGAGAGGUUGGUUACACAGCUGAAUGAUUUACUCCAUAAAUGAAGAACUAAAAAUGCACAAAAAGUCAAAAGCAGGAGUCAAAAGUUCAACAUUUUUCGUUGGAGUGAAAGUAAUACUUCCCCUCAAAAAUGAACACUCAAGUGAAGUACAGAUACUGAAAAAAUAUAAUAAAGUGUGGUACUUACAUGGGCUUUGUUACUGGCCACCAGCAGAUAUGACAAUAUUGAUGUAAAGACAGCUGAGCCAAAAAGAGAUGCAUGAAUGGGGUCCUACAUAUAUGCAGAUGAUACCUGCUAUCUAUAAAAAAAAUUGCACUAUAUCAAAUCUUUUCUUUACUCAUAUUCUGAAAUAUAAAAUCACUUUAUAAAGACAUGUUUGAAUAUAUGUAAAAUAGGUAUGAAUAUCAAUUUGUUACUGAUGUUUUUUUCCUACAAUACAGCUUUUGUGGAAAUAUGAAGGCCAUUAAGCCUCAUUCAUGAAACGUGAGCAGCAUUCGUCAUUGAGUGGGGUUGCAAAGCAUUCCCACUGUAACACUAAGUAUCACCAAUUUUCUUGCUGCUACUUCACAGAUAGCCUUGGAAGUGUCCUACGUAGUGUUAACAACAGAUGAAACAAAUCCAGUUUGAGGUGUAUUUAUUGUUGUUGCAGUAGUUGUUGUAAUCAGUGCACAUACCAUAGAAUUGCAGCGUGGUAAUGAACUGAGUCCCCUGAAUUUCUCUCUUUGCUGCUAUGCUGGUAGAAAUGGUGUGCUCCUGCCUGCUACCUGUGUUCCACCCUCUGAUUACACCACCUGUGACCCUUAAGUAACCACCAUAUCCUGUCAACUCUAAAGCCCGCCACCAAGUAUCCGAAACUAAAACUACUACCUGUCAAAAAUUAUAAUGGCUCCUACACACCUGCCCGUAAUUGUACCAAGUGUAAACGACAAUUACAUAGUAAUAAAGGAGCCAUAUUCAAAUGCAUACUCUUCACAUUACAUUUUGUUUUGGCAUUUUUUUCUUCCUUCGUUUUUUUUCUUUUUUCUUUUUCUUUUUUUUUUUUUUACAAUUUCAAAAUAAAAUAAAAUAAAUUCAUUCAAUGUUCUUUAAACUUCAGUUUUCAGUCUCUUAUGUUUCAGUCUCUUGGAGCAGACAUAUCUUCGUUAUUGGUCUCUCCAAGAUGUUGCUUUUAGUCUUUAGUCGAACUGUGCGUACAUGACCUUUUCCAUCAGGAACGGUCUCCAGUAUUCUCCCCAGUAACCACAAGCCUCGUGGUGCAGUGGAAUCAACCACCACAGCAAUGUCACCAGGGGCAAAACUUCUCUUUACUGUUGACCAUUGUUGCCGUUCUUGGAUUAAAGGCAAGUAUCCUUUUGUCCAUCAUUUCCAAAAGAGAUCUGCCAUGUAUUGUGCUUGUUUCCAUCUACGUAUAAUGUACAGUUUCUCCUUUUUAAAGAGUCCAGGUGGCAAUACUGGCUGAGUUUUUAGCAAAAGAAGAUGGUUUGGGGUCAGCGCUUCCAGGUCCAUUGGGUCACCAGAAGACCUUGUAAUUGGUCGAUCAUUUAAAAUUGCUUCCACUUCACACAAUAAAGUUUGCAAUCCUUCAUCGUCAAGCACUUGUUGAUUAAGAACAGAACGUAGCACAUUUUGUACCAUGUGGAUCAGUCAUUCCCAAACACCACCGUGAUGGGAUCUUGCUGGGGGUUAAUUCUCCACUUUAUCCCUUGCUGAAGCAUAGCAUUCUGGAUUUUGUCCUGAUUCAAGCUAUUCAGUACUUCCCUUAAUUCACUUUCCGCCCCAAUAAAGUUUGUGCCAUUGUCUGAUCGUAAAGACAAAACUUGACCUCGUUGACAGAUAAAUCUCCGUAAUGCAUGGAUGCAGGAGUCUGUGUCAAGUGUAUGUGCAACUUCAAGGUGUACUGCUCUGCUUGCCAUGCAGGUGAAGAUUACACCAUACCUUUUAACAAGACUUUGUCCUCUCUUGAUCUCUAUGGGACCGAAGUAGUCUGCCCCCACAUCUGUAAAUGGAGGCUUGUCUGGUUGAAUCCUCUCCAAAGGUAAGUCUGCCAUUGUUUGCUCUCCAACUUUACUCCUCUGUCGUUUGCACAUUAUGCAGUCUGCUAUGACUUUUCUUGCAGCGGAGUUAGCUUUGAUGAUCCAAUAUUUUUUACGGAGGCAAGACAGCAUGUAAUUUCUUCCUCCAUGUCCGAGUUGUUUAUGAAUGUGUCGUAACAAUAGAGUAGAUGUGUGAAAGUUCUUCGAGAGAAUAAUUGGAUGUUUUACCUCAUCAGGCAUCGCCAGCCUAUUGAGGCGGCCACCUACUCUCAGAAGUCCAUCAUCCAGCACUGGAUCCAAUUUGUAUAAAUGACUGUUUCUUUUGAGAUUUUUGCCACUUAACAGAAGAGAUAUUUCUCCUUGGAAUCUUUGUCUUUGACUGAAUGAGAUGACAGAAUGUUCUGCUUGGAGAAGAUCUUCGGGAGAUAGGCACUGUCCACGAAGUGUCACUUGAAAGGUUUGCAUCUCCUCUUCAACCUUCUUCUUUAAUUUGACAGGAUCAGUUUGAACACUACUCACAGCAGUUUGAAUCUCCUUUCUCCUUCUAGUCAGUUGCAAGAGGGUGGCCUUUACUUUAAGAAGCCUAAGAAGCCAAGCGACAGCAGUCUUCAGUUUCAUCCAUGAUGAGAGGUGGUGGAUUAGAUAGUUAGUUGGGCUCACUUGACUUUUGACAAUCACAUUCACUGUGAUGUUGGGUUUGAUUUCUGGAUCAUUGACAGAGAUUGUGGAUUCAAAGUGCAAGUUUGGCCAUUCACCAUCUGAUUUACAGAGAAAGUCUGGUCCUCUGAUCCACCUUUUGCAACUGAAGAAGCGGUCUGCUGUCAGCCCUCUUGAUGCUGCAUCUGCAGGGUUUUCCUUUGUGCUCACGUUGCAUCCCUUACUAAGGAGAUCCUGUUUGCCACAAAUGUUUGAAAGCAUUUAGUUUCAUUGUUUAUAUACUUAAGAACUGUAGUGCUGUCCGUCCAGAAAGUGGAAUUGUCCAGUGGUAGCUUCAAGUCCUUACGCAGCAUUGUGUCCACUCUUACAGCCAGGACUGCCGCUGCCAGCUCCAUUCUGGGAAUUGUCAUUUGUUUUAAUGGUGCCACUCUUGAUUUUCCUAUUAUAAAUGCAACAUGCACUUCCUUGUUAUUGUUUUCCAGUCUGAGAUAUGAGACAGUUCCGUAGCCACUCUCACUGGCAUCCGAAAAGUGAUGCAGCUGUGAGUGUGUGAUUUGACCAAAGUUGAUAGGCUUCAUGCACUGGUCCACUUUAAACUCCACCAUUUUGUUGAGAUCUGCAAGCCAUCCUGUCCACUGUUGGGAGAAAAUGUGGGGUAUGGUUUCAUCCUAUCCAAGUUUUUCCUUGCAGAGCUCCUGCAUAAUUAGUUUGGCUGGCAGAGUGAAUGGCGCUAGAAAACCUAAAGGGUCAUACACAGAGCCGACCACAGACAAGAUGCCACGUCUGGUGUGUGGCCUUUCAGGUGCAGCUAUUGUGAACUUGAACACAUCUGUUUCAACACACCAUUGUAAUCCUAGGGCUCUUUCCAUUGGUAGAUUGUUCUUGUCCAAGUCCAAUUUUUUAAUUUCUUUGGCUCUUUGCUCUUGUGAGAUAGAUGUUAACACAGCACGGCUGUUGCUGAUCCAUUUAAACAGAACAAAUCCACCCCUCUGGCAGAGAGCAGUCAGGUCCUUUACCAAUUGUACAGCUUCUCGUUCUGUAGGCAUGGAUUUUAAACAAUCAUCUACAUAGAAGUUGUGGUGUACAGUGUCUGUCACCUCAGGUGGAAAGUGAGCGUGGUUGUCUUCAGCAGUCUUCCUCAAAGCGAAAUUCACACAGCUUGGUGGCGACACGGCUCCAAAUAGAUGUACUUUCAUUCUGUAUUCGUCCGGGUCUUGCUGCACAUCACCUCAGGCCACCAUAAGAAUCGUAAGUAGUCAACAUGCUUUUCAGACACCUUAACCUGAUGGAACAUGGCUCUGAUAUCUGCCAUCAAGGCGACCGGUUCUUGCCUGAAUCUGAUAAGGGCUCCCAGAAGUGAGCUGGUAAGGUCGGGACCCAGAAGCAGUUGACAGUUAAGUGAUGUUCCUUUAAAGACUGCACCACAGUCAAAGACAACUCUUAAUGUGCCUUUUUUAGAGUGAUGCACAUCAUGAUGUGGGAUAUACCAGUUUUUCAUCACUUCGAUUCAGCUCAUCCACUGGCACCAAUUCAUAGCCACUGUUAGUCAUAUCUGUGAGGAAGGAUGUGUAUGUAUCAUGGAACUUUUCAUUUCUGUUGAACUUGCGUUUCAGGCUCUGGAUGUGUUGCUCUGCAAUACAGCAGUUGUUCGGCAUGAUGGGAUCUUCUUCUUUGAAAGGUAAGUUUAAACUGUAAUGUCCAUCUUUAAUCUUUGCUGAGUGGUUUACAAUAUCAAGGAAUUUGACCUCUUCUCUUGUUAUUUCUUCGUUUCCUUACUGGCUCUUUCAAUGAAAUCCUGAUUGUACUGUUUGACAAGUAACUCCUCUAGGUUCAGAAUAGAUAUUCUAUCGACAGCAGCAGCAGGGCAGCCACUCUCAUCCCUGAUGGUGCCGUCUCCUCUUAAGGGACCAUAAAUGACCCACCCCAAUAGGGUCCUCACAGCGUAUGGUCCAUCCUCCUGGCUAUUGACCACCUCCCAGGGUUCCAAUAACUUUGAGGCGUUUGUGCCAAUGAGGAGGUUAAUGCCAGAGUCUAUUUCAGGUAUUGCAAUAUGGUUCAGGUAAGGCCAUUGUGACAAGUCUUUUUGUUUUGGAAUAUUGUGUUGCGAAAUGGGCAUGGUUUUAUGAGUGAACACAUCCGGCAGUGGUGUGAAGUUGUUUGUGUCCAUCCUGGCAAUUUCUAGACCGGAGAUAUGGUGACUGGUUUCAGGCUUGACUUGAUUCAUAGUUCUGAGGAGAAUGUUUGUUUUUUGUCCAGGAAUGUGCAGCCUUCUCAUUAAACUUUCUGUGCAGAAUGUGGAUGUGCUUCCGUGGUCCAAAAAGGCAUAGGUGUGCAAUACUGUGUCUCCCUUGUGGCUCUUUACUUGAACUGGCACAAUGGAAAAGAUGGAGGUUUCCUCGCCGGCCCCAAUAUGACCACAGGUGUGAGGUGAGAUGACAGCAUUGUUUCCAAUUGAUUUCUGAUGUGUCUAUUCUGUUUGUUCAAUGUGGAUUAUAUCAGGAUGUUUCUGUUUGCAUACAUUACAUGUUAAAUGACUUUUGCAGUCUCUGCUUAAGUGUCCUCCUUUCAAACAGCCAAAACAGACUCCCUUUGCCUUUAAGAAGUCUAUCUUAUCUCUGUGUUUUUCCUUUUUCAUCUGUGGACACCACUCCAAUGUGUGCCCACUUUUAUUGCAGAACAGACAUAACCUGUAUGAACCUUUUUCCACUCCACUUGACACUGGUGCUGUUUCAAUGGUGCUUAGUGCUGUUGCAAAACUGCUUCUUGGACUUGACCUUUCCUUUGGUUUAAUGAUGGUUGAUACUUUACCGUCGGUGUCAGAGAUGUGGUGCUCGUCAGAGCUCGACUCCUUCUGGAUCACAAAUGUUGAUCAUCAGUUGGAUUGUUUCUUCAGAAACCCCCAAAAAUCUCUGAAUGACCCGCUGAUACAUCCACCGAUAACCCUGCAGAUGACCAGCUUCAGUCAUUUCCCCCUCCACAAAAGCAGCUUUAUGACUUUAUUUACUUUGACUUUAUUCUCCUAAAUUUACAACUUUAAUCUCUUAAAAAGAAAAAACCCUCAAUGUUGUCCUGAUACUUUGCUGUACUUUUGUCAACUUUCUUAUUUCUAAUGUUUUUGAUUGUUGUAGCAGAGCGGAUCAGUUCGUCUCUAAAUCUAUAAUGUUUGGUUUACAGAUUUUAGUGAGUUCAGAGAUCAUGCGCUCAGAGUUGACUGUCUUUUUUUGGAUUUUUUUUUUAAUUUUCUUUGAAGACGCGCUGCGUCUCCAAGCGAGUCCAGCCUCUCACCCAAAAUGUGCAGCUGUGCAGUGGCACACAAAGAAUUCUGGGAUACCAACAGCACGAAAGCGUGUAUAAAUCCACGCUUGAAAAAUGCUAAGCGCGCUUCGCAUUUCUUAGCAUUUUGUGCCAAAUGGGACACCGUUUGCGCUGCGUGAUGACAUCAUGCACGCUUCAAAUGCACCGUUUGGCGCCGUUCGACGAUGCAGUCUCUGAAAUGGGACACAGCCUGUAUAUAGAAUGGACAGAGUUUUCCUCCUCGCUGGGUGAAGCCACUCCGAGAACAGCACCCUCUGUUGAUGGGCUGCAGUAUAGGUCAUAAAUCCCGCCUCCGCCAGCAAAGCUUAUGGGGCUGUGGACAAACUUUAGAAAUUUAUUACAUAGAGCAUACAUUUUUCUCCCCCCUGCUUGUGAUGUUGACAUGUAGUUAUUGUAAGACUGGUUUGUGCUCAAGUCCUCUUUUCUGUGAAGCUCUGUUUUUAGGGCCCGAGCGUAGCUGCUAAGCAGCUGCGAGAGCCCUAUUAUUCCUGAUGGAUUCUUCUUUCUUCUUUAGGGCCCGAGCGUAGCUGCUAAGCAGCUGCGAGAGCCCUCUUGUUCCUGCAUGUUUCCUUCUUUCGUUAUUAUUUUUCCUCCGCUUUAAACUGGAAAAUGGCCCACUUCCCACUGGCGAAAACUCAGGAAAUUUGGCAGGACGACCGGGCCUGGUGAAAAAUUCGAUAUUCUGAAGUCGCCCAAACAGUAAAAUGCAAAAUGGCUCCAUAGCGCCCCCUAAGGUGAAAAUUCACAUGACGGCUGUACGCUUUGUCAUAUUGACACAAAAAUUGACACACACAUGUAUCUCAAUAAGAUCUACAAAAAAGUCAGUGCGGGCGUAUCUGUCAAAUGUACGGUUAAUGGGUUAUUUUGCAUUUUUUGCAGAUCUGCACACAUUGGAAUUUCGCUAACUCCUCCGAAGGCUUUCGUUCGACCGGCACCACAUUUGCGCAGGCCAAUCUACCCCCCAUGGCCAUUAAAAGUUGUACAAAUCAUGACGCUGCACCCCACGGUUUACGUUCUAGGGGGCGCCAAAGAUAACCCAAAAUCCACAUUCUUAAAAGUCUUAUAACUUUUUAUUUUUGUCCUCACUGCCCUCCAAGUUUUCUAGGAUGAUGCAAUGUCCAGCUAUCAACACAUUUGUGAAGGAAUUUUUACUCCCCAAAAGAGCGCCCCCCCAUGGCAGGAGAAAAAAGUCAAUUUUUUCUUGUCCCCUUACAUGAAAAUACACAUUGUUGAGUGUCACGCCUGAACGCUUUGUCAUAUUGACACAAAAAUUGACAAUCAUGUGUAUCUCAAUUAGAUCUACGAAAAAGUCAAAAAGCGCGUAUCUGUAUAAUGUACGGUUAAAGGGCCAUUUCGCAUUUUUUGCCGAUUCGCACACAUUGGAAUGUGGCUAUCUCCUCCUAAGGCUUUCGUCCCACCGAUACCAAAUUUGCUCAGGGCAAUCUAGACCCCAUGGCCAUUCAAAGUUGUAAAAAUCAUGACGCUGCACCCCACGGUUUACGUUCUAGGGGGCGCCAAAGAUGACCCAAAAAUCCACAUUCUUAAAAGUCAUUUUGGCCACUGCAGGAGUACAGAGUACUGCAGUUCUAGGGGGCGCCAAAGAUGACCCAAAAAUCCACAUUCUUAAAAGUCUUUUUGGCCACUGCAGGAGUACAGAGUACUGCAGGAUACACACACAUAUAUACACACACACACACACACACACACACACACACACACACACACACACACACACACUCAGAGUCUGUUUUUUAGCACCUGCAAAAACAUGCUGUUUACAUAUUUGACAAGAAUGCAGAGGCUUCCUUUUGCCCCUGAAAAAAAUCAGAUUUCAAACACAACUUGACUGUUCAUUUCUCCAAAAGACAACCAUGAAGCUCCAUCCAAACCUGAAGCAGAUAGUUGGUGCAUGUGUACAGUAACCUGAGGGGAGUGAGGUGACUAUUUCUGAGGAGAACAUGAGCAGUGAAGAUUCACCUUGGAGCUAGAACAGGGACGUGCACAUGAUUAUACAGGGGCAGGGGCUCAAGUUUUUUCCAGUCAUUUAUACAAUAUGGAAAUUAAUGUGAAAUUAAACCACAAAUAUGUGUGAUGAACUGUUUUUAAAACUUAAACUUCAAAUAAAAAUUGUAAACUUCAAAACAUAUGCAAAUUUUUAACAUAGAACAUAGUAAUUUACCUCUAUUUACAUCAAAAUGCAGGCAAUGGCCCAGGCGUUCUUUGUAAAAUUAUUUACAAAACACUGUAUAGUCUCACAAAUGUCACUUUUUAUUUAUGCCACUACAAAAAAACAUGAUGUAAAUGAUGCAUGAUGUAAAACAUGAUGUAAAAAACUUGUGUAGAUCCUCCUCUAUGUCAGUCCAUGUGUAAUUUUUCCAUAAUUCUUUGUUUUUUGCAGCAUUUUUGUUAGUGUAACUGCGGAUUGUGCUGACAGUCUAUGGCAAAAAAAAAAACACUGAAAAUGCCUCAACAUGAACCCCUGGUGGUCUCUGAGGGUGAAACCUGCUAACUGCUGCAGCUCUGUCAGCUUCAGUCUCCCAUGCAGAGCUCGGAGCGCAUGUGUGGCUCUGCACCCUUAGCAGCGUUGCUAACUCCUCAGUAAGGAAAGCCUGCUUCAUGUCAGAGUCUCUAAACUCCAGAAGAAGUCGAUAAAAGUCCCUUUCUUUCUAAAAAAAGUCGUUAGGGGGUCUGAAAAGUCAUUGAAUCUAACAACAAAGUCGCUAGGUUUGCAACUACGUGUCCCAGACUGCAUCCCUGCUGAGAGUCCCUCCCUCCCUUCUCAUGUUGCAGGAAGAACGUAAGCGCCCGCCCCUUGUCAAUCAGUCACCAUAUAAUUUUGGAUUGGUUGUUGUGGUGAAGUUUUCCACCAAUAGGAGAGAUGUUGUGGUGUGUUUUUUUUUCUUUUGGCAAGCCUUUUCCGCCUGUAAGACCUGUCGCUAAUGUGUGCAUGCUAUGUUUUCCUGUCUCAUACAGCGCGAUCGAGCGCCGAACGUGAUCAAAAUAAGCAGAAAAAAAGUAUCGCGGACAUAAUUUAUCAUAACUCUGGUUUUAUUUGGCCUAUCAACACAAUUUAAAAACUGGUAUAUAGGUUGAGGUCCUCACUUUUGAGAUAAGUUGAAACGGAGAGGUAACGAGGCUCCGUCUUGCAGCUACAUCCGGUUAAAUAUGUCAUGUGACUUGAACGCUGGGGAGCGUCAAUCGAAUCGAAUCAAACCUAACUCUCAGAUGAAUCUUCAAAAUUCACCUCAGAAAUAUGCUUAUUAUUCUUUUCAGAGUACUGCAGGUACACACACACACACACACAGACACACACACACACACACACACGCACACACACACACACACACACACACUCAGAGUCUGUUUUUUAGCACCUGCAAAAACAUGCUAUUUACAUAUUUGACAAGAAUGCAGAGGCUUCCUUUUGCCCCUGAAAAAAAUCAAAUUUCAAACACAACUUGACUGCUCAUUUCUCCAAAAGACAACCAUGAAUCCAAACCUGAAGCAGGCAGUUGGUGCAUGUGUACAGUAACCUGAGGGGAGUGAGGUGACUGCUUCUGAGGAGAACAUGAGCAGUGAAGAUUCACCUUGGAGCUAGAACAGGGACGUGCACAUGAUUAUACAGGGGCAGGGGCUCAAGUUUUUUCCAGUCGUUUAUACAAUAAGGAAAUUAAUGUGAAAUUAAAAAACAAAGUAUGACUGUCCUGUGUAGGUGACAGUGAUAUCCAAUAGGCUAGGCACUCACGAGGCUGGCUGUGGCAAGUGUAAGUGAAAGCAACACGCACUGGCAGGAAGAACAGCAAACGCCGAUGAAGGAAAAGGGUCUUUGCAGUGAUGGGCGUUACCAGAGAGGGCGAUGGCCAGAGGACGCGAAUGGGACGGGGAGGCAGCGCGUUGGGGGGGGGGGGGUGCGACACGGCUCGGGCCCGCCAGUGCCCCAACGGGGCCCUAGUCUUCUUCUUAUUAUUUUUCUGCCCCUUUGAACUGGAAAAUGGCCCACUUCCCACUGGUGAAAAGUCAUGAAAUUUGGCAGGACGACCGGGCCUGGUGAAAAAUUCGAUAUUCUGAAGUCGCCCAAAAAAUCAAAUGCAAAAUGGCUCCAUAGCGCCCCCUAAGGUGAAAAAUUCACAUGAUUGAGUGUCACGCCUGUACGCUUUGUCAAAAUGACACAAAAUUUGACACACACGUGUAUCUCAAUAAGAUCUACAAAAAAGUCAGUGCGGGCGUAUCUGUCAAAUGUACGGUUAAAGGGCUAUUUCGCAUUUUUUGCCGAUCCGCACACAUUGGAAUUUCGCUAACUCCUCCGAAGGCUUUCGUUCCACCGGCACCAAAUUUGCUCAGGCCAAUCUACACCCCAUGGCCAUUAAAAGUUGUACAAAUCAUGACGCUGCAUCCCACGGUUUACGUUCUAGGGGGCGCCAAAGAUAACCCAGAAAUCCACAUUCUUAAAAGUCGUAUAACUUUUUUUUUUUGUCCUCACUGGCCUCCAAGUUUUCUAGGAUGAUGCAAUGUCCAGCCAUCAACACAUUUGUGAAGGAAUUUUUACUCCCCAAAAGAGCGCCCCCCCAUGGCAGGAGAAAAAAGUCCAUUUUUUCUUGUCUCCUAAGGCGAAAAUUCACACUAUUGACUGUCACGUCUUUACGCUUUGUCAUAUUGACACAAAAAUUGACACACACAUGUAUCUCAAUAAGAUCUACAAAAAAGUCAGUGCGGGCGUAUCUGUCAAAUGUACAGUGAAAGGGCUAUUUCGCAUUUUUUGCCGAUCCGCACACAUUGGAAUUUCGCUAACUCCUCCGAAGGCUUUCGUUCCAAAGGCACCACAUUUGCUGAGGCCAAUCUACACCCCAUGGCCAUUAAAAGUUGUACAAAUCAUGACGCUGCACCCCACGGUUUACGUUCUAGGGGGCGCCAAAGAUAACCCAAAAAUCCACAGUCUUAAAAGUCUUAUAACUUUUUAUUUUUGUCCUCACUGGCCUCCAAGUUCACUAGGAUGAUGCAAUGUCCAGCCAUCAACACAUUUGUGAAGGAAUUUUUACUCGCCAAAAGAGCGCCCCCCCAUGGCAGGAGAAAAAAGUCCAUUUUUUCUUGUCUCCUAAGGCGAAAAUACACAUUGUUGACUGUCACGCCUUUACGCUUUGUCAAAAUGACACAAAAUUUGACACACACAUGUAUCUCAAUAAGAUCUACAAAAAAGUCAGUGCGGGCGUAUCUGUCAAAUGUACGGUUAAAGGGUUAUUUCGCAUUUUUUGCCGAUCCGCACACAUUGGAAUUUCGCUAACUCCUCCGAAGGCUUUCGUUCCACCGGCACCACAUUUGCUCAGGCCAAUCUACACCCCAUGGCCAUUAAAAGUUGUACAAAUCAUGACGCUGCACCCCACAGUUUACGUUCUAGGGGGCGCCAAAGAGGACCCAAAUAUCCACAUUUUUAAAAGUCUUAUAACUUUUUAUUUUUGUCCUCACUGGCCUCCAAGUUUUCUAGGAUGAUGCAAUGUCCAGCCAUCAACACAUUUGUGAAGGAAUUUUUUCUCACCAAAAGAGCGCCCCCCCAUGGCAGGAGAAAAAGUCAAGUUUUUCCUGCCCAUCGCUCAAUGGCUCAAACGCAUCGCUCUCUCUGCAAAACUGAAAGGAGGAGCAACUUGCCAUUUGGAUAUAUACUAGCUGUGUUUGUGCCCUCACUCAUGGUCCAGACUUUUUUCAAAUAGGACAUGUAGUUUGUCUGCAGCGAGCGUUUUGGUAGAAACUGCGCCUCCCAUUCAUUAUAAUGGGAAAUGACCACAGACAAGUGCGCACACCAUCUUUGGACCUUGAGUGUGACGCGAUCGGGAGGGGGAGGCGGUCGCGCUGGGGGCGGCGCGACGCGGCUCGGGCCCGACAGUGCCCCACCGGGGCCCUAGUUAUUUUUCCUCCCCUUUGAACUGGAAAAUGGCCCACUUCCCACUGGCGAAAACUCAUGAAAUUUGGCAGGACGACCGGGCCUGGUGAAAAAUUUGAUAUUCCGAUGUCGCCCAAACAAGAAAAUGCAAAAUGGCUCCAUAGCGCCCCCUAAGGUGAAAAUUCACACUAUUCACUGUCACGCCGGUACGCUUUGUCAAAAUGACACAAAAAUUGACACACACAUGUAUCUCAAUAAGAUCUACAAAAAAGUCAGUGCGGGCGUAUCUGUCAAAUGUACGGUUAAAGGGUUAUUUCGCAUUUUUUGCCGAUCCGCACACAUUGGAAUUUCGCUAACUCCUCCGAAGGCUUUCGUUCCACCGGCACCACAUUUGCUCAGGCCAAUCUACACCCCAUGGCCAUUAAAAGUUAUUCAAAUCAUGACGCUGCACCCCACGGUUUCGGUUCUAGGGGGCGCCAAAGAUAACCCUAAGAUCCACAUAUUUAAAAGUCUUAUAACUUUUUAUUUUUGCCCUCACUGGCCUCCAAGUUUUCUAGGAUGAUGCAAUGUCCAGCCAUCAACACAUUUGUGAAGGAAUUUUUACUCCCCAAAAGAGCGCCCCCCCAUGGCAGGAGAAAAAAGUCCAUUUUUUCUUGUCCCCUAAGGUGAAAAUACACAUUGUUGAGUGUAACACCUGUACGCUUUGGCAAAAUGACACAAAAAUUGACACACACAUGUAUCUCAAUAAGAUCUACGAAAAAGUCAAUGCGCGCGUAUCUGUCAAAUGUACGGUUAAAGGGUUAUUCCGCAUUUUUUGCCGAUCCGCACACAUUGGAAUUUCGCUAACUCCUCCGAAGGCUUUCGUUCCACCGGCACCACAUUUGCUCAGGCCAAUCUACACCCCAUGGCCAUUAAAAGUUAUUCAAAUCAUGACGCUGCACCCCACGGUUUAGGUUCUAGGGGGAGCCAAAGAUAACCGUAAAAUCCACAUAUUUAAAAGUCUUAUAACUUUUUAUUUUUGUCCCCACUGGCCUCCAAGAUUUCUAGGAUGAUGCAAUGUCCAGCCAUCAACACAUUUGUGAAGGAAUUUUUACUCGGCAAAAGAGCGCCCCCCCAUGGCAGGAGAAAAAAGUCCAUUUUUUCUUGUCCACUAAGGUGAAAAUACACAUUGUUGAGUGCUACGCCUGUAUGUUUUGUCGUAUUGACACAAAAUUUUACAUACACGUGUAUUUACAUAAGAUCUUCGAAAAAGUCAAUGGCCACGUAUCUGUAAAAUGUACGGUUACAGGGUUAUUUCGCAUUUUUUGCAGAUUCGCACACAUUGGAAUUUCGCUAAUUCCUCCGAAGGCUUUCGUUCCACCGGCACCACAUUUGCUCAGGCCAAUCUACACCCCAUGGCCAUUAAAAGUUAUUCAAAUCAUGACGCUGCACCCCACGGUUUAGGUUCUAGGGGGCGCCAAAUAUAACCCUAAAAUCCACAUAUUUAAAAGUCUUAUAACUUUUUAUUUUUGUCCUCACUGGCCUCCAUGUUUUCUAGGAUGAUGCAAUGUCCAGCCAUCAACACAUUUGUGAAGGAGUUUUUUCUCUUUAAAAGAGCGCCCCCCCAUGGCAGGAGAAUAAAGUCAAGUUUUUCCUGUUCAUCAUUCAAUGGCUCAAACGCACUGCUCUCUCGGCAAAAGCGAAAGGAGGAGCAACUUGCCAUUUGGAUAUAUCUUAGCUGUGUUUGUGCCCUCACUCAUGGUCCAGACUUUUUUCAAAUAGGACAUGGAGUUUUUCUGCAGCGAGCGUUUUGGUAGAAACUGCGCCUCCCGUUCAUUAUAAUGGUAAAUGACCACAAACAAGUGCGCACACCAUCUUUGGACCUUGAGUGUGACGCGAUCGGGUGGGGGAGGCGGUCGCGCUGGGGGCGGCGUGACACGGCUCGGGCCCGCCAGUGCCCCAACGGGGCCCUAGUUAGGGCCCGAGCCAGCUGCAGAGCAGCCGGGCGUAGGCCCUAUUAUUCCCCAAGUGGUUUUUUAGGGCCCGAGCGUAGCUGCUAAGCAGCUGCGAGAGCCCUCUUGUUCCUGCAUGUUUCCUUCUUUAGGGCCCGAGCCAGCUGCAGAGCAGCCGGGCGUAGGCCCUAUUAUUCCCCAAGUGGUUUUUCUUUGUUUCUUUCUUUAGGGCCCGAGCCAGCUGCAGAGCAGCCGGGCGUAGGCCCUAUUAUUCCCCAAGUGGUUUUUCUUUGUUUCUUUGUUUCUUUCUUUCUUUCUUUCUUUCUUCUUUUUCCUCCCCUUUGAACUGGAAAAUGGCCCACUUCCCACUGGCGAAAACUCAUGAAAUUUGGCAGGACGACCGGGCCUGGUGAAAAAUUCGAUAUUCUGAAGUCGCCCAAACAAGAAAAUGCAAAAUGGCUCCAUAGCGCCCCCUAAGGUGGAAAUUCACACUAUUGACUGUCACGCCUGUACGCUUUGUCAUAUUGACACAAAAAUUGACACACAUAUGUAUCUCAAUAAGAUCUACAAAAAAGUCAGUGCGGCCGUAUCUGUCAAAAUUACGGUUAAAGGGUUAUUUCGCAUUUUUUGCCGAUCCGCACACAUUGGAAUUUCGCUAACUCCUCCGAAGGCUUUCAUUCCACCGGCACCACAUUUGCUCAGGCCAAUCUACACCCCGUGGCCAUUAAAAGUUAUCAAAAUCAUGACGCUGCACCCCAAGGUUUAGGUUCUAGGGGGCGCCAAAGAUAACACUAAAAUCCACAUAUUUAAAAGUCUUAUAACUUUUUAUUUUUGUCCUCACUGGCCUCCAAGUUUUCUAGGAUGAUGCAAUGUCCAGCCAUCAACACAUUUGUGAAGGAAUUUUUACUCCCCAAAAGAGCGCCCCCCCAUGGCAGGAGAAAAAAGUCAAUUUUUUCUUGUCCCCUAAGGUGAAAAUACACAUUGUUGAGUGUAACACCUGUACGCUUUGUCAAAAUGACACAAAAAUUGACACGCGCAUGUAACUCAAUAAGAUCUACGAAAAAGUCAAUGCGCGCGUAUCUGUCAAAUGUACGGUUAAAGGGUUAUUCCGCAUUUUUUGCCGAUCCGCACACAUUGGAAUGUGGCUAACUCCUCCUAAGGCUUUCGUUCCACCGGCACCACAUUUGCUCAGGCCAAUCUACACCCCAUGGCCAUUAAAAGUUAUUCAAAUCAUGACACUGCACCCCACGGUUUAGGUUCUAGGGGGCGCCAAAGAUAACCCUAAAAUCCACAUAUUUAAAAGUCUUAUAACUUUUUAUUUUUGUCCUCACUGGCCUCCAAGUUUUCUAGGAUGAUGCAAUGUCCAGCCAUCAACACAUUUGUGAAGGAAUUUUUACUCCCCAAAAGAGCGCCCCCCAUGGCAGGAGAAAAAAGUCCAUUUUUUCUUGUCCCCUAAGGUGAAAAUACAUAUUGUUGAGAUUCACGCCUAUACGCUUUGUCAUAUUGACACAAAAUUUGACAAUCACGUGCCUUGCCUGGUAUCAUUUUUUUCAGCACAACCUCACCUGUGCGAAUUUACAGUUAUUUUAUCAUGUUGACAUACUGAAUUUACACAAUGGACCCAAAUUCACACACAAAACAUAAAAUCCGAGUGGAAAAAAGUAACAUUUUUACUGUGAAAACCACAAAUAUGUGUGAUGAACUGUUUUUAAAACUUAAACUUCAAAUAAAAAUUGUAAACUUCAAAACAUAUGCAAAUUUUUAACAAAGAACAUAGUGAUUUACCUCUAUUUUCAUCAAAAUGCAGGCAAUGGCCCAGGCGUUCUUUGUAAAAUUAUUUACAAAACACUGUAUAGUCUCACAAAUGUCACUUUUUAUUUAUGCCACUACAAAAAAACAUGAUGUAAAUGAUGCAUGAUGUAAAACAUGAUGUAAAAAACUUGUGUAGAUCCUCCUCUAUGUCAGUCCAUGUGUAAUUUUUCCAUAAUUCUUUGUUUUUUGCAGCAUUUUUGUUAGUGUAACUGCAGAUUGUGCUGACAGUGUCUAUGGCACAAAAAAAAAAAAAAUUUAAAAUGCCUCAACAUGAACCCCUGGUGGUCUCUGAGGGUGAAACCUGCUAACUGCUGCAGCUCUGUCAGCUUCAGUCUCCCAUGCAGAGCUCGGAGCGCAUGUGUGGCUCUGCACCCUAAGCAGUGUUGCUAACUCCUCAGUAAGGAAAGCCUGCUUCAUGUCAGAGUCUCUAAACUCCAGAAGAAGUCGAUAAAAGUCACUUUCUUUCUAAAAAAAAGUCGUUAGGGGGUCUGAAAAGUCAUUGAAUCUAACAACAAAGUCGCUAGGUUUGCAACUACGUGUCCCAGACUGCAUCCCUGCUGAGAGUCCCUCCCUCCCUUCUCAUAUUGCAGGAAGAACGUAAGUUCCCGCCCCUUGUCAAUCAGUCACCAUAUAAUUUUGGAUUGGUUGUUGUGGUGAAGUUUUCCACCAAUAGGAGAGAUGUUGUGGUGUGUUUUUUUUUUCCUUUGGCAAGCCUUUUCCGCCUGUAAGACCUGUCGCUAAUGUCUGCAUGCUAUGUUUUCCUGUCUCAUACAGCGCGAUCGAGCGCCGAACGUGAUCAAAAUAAGCAGAAAACAAGUAUCGCGGACAUAAUUUAUCAUAACUCUGGUUUUAUUUGGCCUAUCAACACAAUUUAAAAACUGGUAUAUAGGUUGAGGUCCUCACUUUUGAGAUAAAUUGAAACGGAGAGUCAACGAGGCUCCGUCUUGCAGCUACAUCCGGUUAAAUAUGUCAUGUGACUUGAACGCGCACACACACACACACACACACACACAGACACACACACACACGCACACACACACACUCAGAGUCUGGUUUUUAGCACCUGCAAAAACAUGCUAUUUACAUAUUUGACAAGAAUGCAGAGGCUCCUUUUGCCCCUGAAAAAAAUCAAAAUUCAAACACAACUUGACUGGUCAUUUCUCCAAAAGACAACCAUGAAGCUCCAUCCAAACCUGAAGCAGGCAGUUGGUGCAUGUGUACAGUAACCUGAGGGGAGUGAGGUGACUGCUUCUGAGGAGAACAUGAGCAGUGAAGAUUCACCUUAGAGCUAGAACAGAGACGUGCACAUGAUUAUACAGGGGCAGGGGCUCAAGUUUUUUCCAGUCGUUUAUACAAUAUGGAAAUUAAUGUGAAAUUAAAAAACAAAGUAUUAAUAGAAAGGUAAUGACUGUCCUGUGUAGGUGACAGUGAUAUCCAAUAGGCUAGGCACUCACGAGGCUGGCUGUGGCAAGUGUAAGUGAAAGCAACACGCACUGGCAGGAAGAACAGCAAACGCCGAUGAAGGAAAAGGGUCUUUGCAGUGAUGGGCGUUACCAGAGAGGGCGACGGCCAGAGGACGCGAAUGGGACGGGGAGGCAGCGCGUUGGGGGGGGGACGCGACACAGCUCGGGCCCGCCAGUGCCCCAACGGGGUCCUAGUUAGGGCCCGAGCGUAGCUGCUAAGCAGCUGCGAGAGCCCUAUUAUUCCCCAAGGGGUUUUUCUUUGUUUCUUUCUUUCUUUCUUUCUUCUUUUUCCUCCCCUUUGAACUGGAAAAUGGCCCACUUCCCACUGGCGAAAACUCAGGAAAUUUGGCAGGACGACCGGGCCUGGUGAAAAAUUUGAUAUUCCGAAGUCGCCCAAACAAGAAAAUGCAAAAUGGCUCCAUAGCGCCCCCUAAGGUGAAAAUUCACACUAUUGACUGUCACGCCUGUACGCUUUGUCAAAAUGACACAAAAAUUGACACACACAUGUAUCUCAAUAAGAUCUACAAAAAAGUCAGUGCGGGCGUAUCUGUCAAAUGUACGGUUAAAGGGUUAUUUCGCAUUUUUUGCCGAUCCGCACACAUUGGAAUUUCGCUAACUCCUCCGAAGGCUUUCGUUCCACCGGCACCACAUUUGCUCAGGCCAAUCUACACCCCAUGGCCAUUAAAAGUUAUUCAAAUCAUGACGCUGCACCCCACGGUUUAGGUUCUAGGGGGCGCCAAAGAUAACCCUAAGAUCCACAUAUUUAAAAGUCUUAUAACUUUUUAUUUUUGCCCUCACUGGCCUCCAAGUUUUCUAGGAUGAUGCAAUGUCCAGCCAUCAACACAUUUGUGAAGGAAUUUUUACUCCCCAAAAGAGCGCCCCCCCAUGGCAGGAGAAAAAAGUCCAUUUUUUCUUGUCCCCUAAGGUGAAAAUACACAUUGUUGAGUGUAACACCUGUACGCUUUGGCAAAAUGACACAAAAAUUGACACACACAUGUAUCUCAAUAAGAUCUACGAAAAAGUCAAUGCGCGCGUAUCUGUCAAAUGUACGGUUAAAGGGUUAUUCCGCAUUUUUUGCCGAUCCGCACACAUUGGAAUUUCGCUAACUCCUCCGAAGGCUUUCGUUCCACCGGCACCACAUUUGCUCAGGCCAAUCUACACCCCAUGGCCAUUAAAAGUUGUACAAAUCAUGAUGCUGCACCCCACGGUUUACGUUCUAGGGGGCGCCAAAGAUAACCCAAAAAUCCACAGUCUUAAAAGUCUUAUAACUUUUUAUUUUUGUCCUCACUGGCCUCCAAGUUCUCUAGGAUGAUGCAAUGUCCAGCCAUCAACACAUUUGUGAAGGAAUUUUUACUCGCCAAAAGAGCCCCCCCCCAUGGCAGGAGAAAAAAGUCCAUUUUUUCUUGUCUCCUAAGGCGAAAAUACACAUUGUUGACUGUCACGCCUUUACGCUUUGUCAAAAUGACACAAAAUUUGACACACACAUGUAUCUCAAUAAGAUCUACAAAAAAGUCAGUGCGGGCGUAUCUGUCAAAUGUACGGUUAAAGGGUUAUUUCGCAUUUUUUGCCGAUCCGCACACAUUGGAAUUUCGCUAACUCCUCCUAAAUCUUUUGUCCCAUCGGCUUCAAAUUUGCUCAGGUCAAUCUACACCCCAUGGCCAUUCAAAGUUGUACAAAUCAUGACGCUGCACCCCACAGUUUACGUUCUAGGGGGCGCCAAAGAGGACCCAAAUAUCCACAUUUUUAAAAGUCUUAUAACUUUUUAUUUUUGUCCUCACUGGCCUCCAAGUUUUCUAGGAUGAUGCAAUGUCCAGCCAUCAACACAUUUGUGAAGGAAUUUUUCUCCCCAAAAGAGCGCCCCCCAUGGCAGGAGAAAAAGUCAAGUUUUUCCUGCCCAUCGCUCAAUGGCUCAAACGCAUCGCUCUCUCUGCAAAACCGAAAGGAGGAGCAACUUGCCAUUUGGAUAUAUACUAGCUGUGUUUGUGCCCUCACUCAUGGUCCAGACUUUUUUCAAAUAGGACAUGUAGUUUGUCUGCAGCAAGCGUUUUGGUAGAAACUGCGCCUCCCAUUCAUUAUAAUGGGAAAUGACCACAGACAAGUGCGCACACCAUCUUUGGACCUUGAGUGUGACGCGAUCGGGAGGGGGAGGCGGUCGCGCUGGGGGCGGCGCGACGCGGCUCGGGCCCGACAGUGCCCCACCGGGGCCCUAGUUAGGGCCCGAGCGUAGCUGCUAAGCAGCUGCGAGAGCCCUAUUAUUCCCCAAGUGGUUUUUCUUUGUUUCUUUCUUUCUUUCUUUCUUUCUUUCUUCUUUUUCCUCCCCUUUGAACUGGAAAAUGGCCCACUUCCCACUGGCGAAAACUCAUGAAAUUUGGCAGGACGACCGGGCCUGGUGAAAAAUUCGAUAUUCUGAAGUCGCCCAAACAAUAAAAUGCAAAAUGGCUCCAUAGCGCCCCCUAAGGUGGAAAUUCACACUAUUGACUGUCACGCCUGUACGCUUUGUCAUAUUGACACUAAAAUUGACACACAUAUGUAUCUUAAUAAGAUCUACAAAAAAGUCAGUGCGGCCGUAUCUGUCAAAAUUACGGUUAAAGGGUUAUUUCGCAUUUUUUGCCGAUCCGCACACAUUGGAAUUUCGCUAACUCCUCCGAAGGCUUUCGUUCCACCGGCACCACAUUUGCUCAGGCCAAUCUACACCCCAUGGCCAUUAAAAGUUGUACAAAUCAUGAUGCUGCACCCCACGGUUUACGUUCUAGGGGGCGCCAAAGAUAACCCAAAAAUCCACAGUCUUAAAAGUCUUAUAACUUUUUAUUUUUGUCCUCACUGGCCUCCAAGUUCUCUAGGAUGAUGCAAUGUCCAGCCAUCAACACAUUUGUGAAGGAAUUUUUACUCGCCAAAAGAGCGCCCCCCCCCAUGGCAGGAGAAAAAAGUCCAUUUUUUCUUGUCUCCUAAGGCGAAAAUACACAUUGUUGACUGUCACGCCUUUACGCUUUGUCAAAAUGACACAAAAUUUGACACACACAUGUAUCUCAAUAAGAUCUACAAAAAAGUCAGUGCGGGCGUAUCUGUCAAAUGUACGGUUAAAGGGUUAUUUCGCAUUUUUUGCCGAUCCGCACACAUUGGAAUUUCGCUAACUCCUCCUAAAUCUUUUGUCCCAUCGGCUUCAAAUUUGCUCAGGUCAAUCUACACCCCAUGGCCAUUCAAAGUUGUACAAAUCAUGAUGCUGCACCCCACAGUUUACGUUCUAGGGGGCGCCAAAGAGGACCCAAAUAUCCACAUUUUUAAAAGUCUUAUAACUUUUUAUUUUUGUCCUCACUGGCCUCCAAGUUUUCUAGGAUGAUGCAAUGUCCAGCCAUCAACACAUUUGUGAAGGAAUUUUUUCUCCCCAAAAGAGCGCCCCCCCAUGGCAGGAGAAAAAGUCAAGUUUUUCCUGCCCAUCGCUCAAUGGCUCAAACGCAUCGCUCUCUCUGCAAAACCGAAAGGAGGAGCAACUUGCCAUUUGGAUAUAUACUAGCUGUGUUUGUGCCCUCACUCAUGGUCCAGACUUUUUUCAAAUAGGACAUGUAGUUUGUCUGCAGCAAGCGUUUUGGUAGAAACUGCGCCUCCCAUUCAUUAUAAUGGGAAAUGACCACAGACAAGUGCGCACACCAUCUUUGGACCUUGAGUGUGACGCGAUCGGGAGGGGGAGGCGGUCGCGCUGGGGGCGGCGCGACGCGGCUCGGGCCCGACAGUGCCCCACCGGGGCCCUAGUUAGGGCCCGAGCGUAGCUGCUAAGCAGCUGCGAGAGCCCUAUUAUUCCCCAAGUGGUUUUUCUUUGUUUCUUUCUUUCUUUAGGGCCCGAGCCAGCUGCAGAGCAGCCGGGCGUAGGCCCUAUUAUUCCCCAAGUGGUUUUUCUUUGUUUCUUUCUUUCUUUCUUUCUUUCUUUCUUUCUUUCUUCUUUUUCCUCCCCUUUGAACUGGAAAAUGGCCCACUUCCCACUGGCGAAAACUCAUGAAAUUUGGCAGGACGACCGGGCCUGGUGAAAAAUUCGAUAUUCUGAAGUCGCCCAAACAAUAAAAUGCAAAAUGGCUCCAUAGCGCCCCCUAAGGUGGAAAUUCACACUAUUGACUGUCACGCCUGUACGCUUUGUCAUAUUGACACAAAAAUUGACACACAUAUGUAUCUCAAUAAGAUCUACAAAAAAGUCAGUGCGGCCGUAUCUGUCAAAAUUACGGUUAAAGGGUUAUUUCGCAUUUUGUGCCGAUCCGCACACAUUGGAAUUUCGCUAACUCCUCCGAAGGCUUUCGUUCCACCGGCACCACAUUUGCUCAGGCCAAUCUACACCCCGUGGCCAUUAAAAGUUAUCAAAAUCAUGACGCUGCACCCCAAGGUUUAGGUUCUAGGGGGCGCCAAAGAUAACACUAAAAUCCACAUAUUUAAAAGUCUUAUAACUUUUUAUUUUUGUCCUCACUGGCCUCCAAGUUUUCUAGGAUGAUGCAAUGUCCAGCCAUCAACACAUUUGUGAAGGAAUUUUUACUCCCCAAAAGAGCGCCCCCCCAUGGCAGGAGAAAAAAGUCCAUUUUUUCUUUUCCCCUAAGGUGAAAAUACACAUUGUUGAGUGUAACACCUGUACGCUUUGGCAAAAUGACACAAAAAUUGACACACACAUGUAUCUCAAUAAGAUCUACGAAAAAGUCAAUGCGCGCGCAUCUGUCAAAUGUACGGUUAAAGGGUUAUUGCGCAUUUUUUGCCGAUCCGCACACAUUGGAAUUUCGCUAACUCCUCCGAAGGCUUUCGUUCCACCGGCACCACAUUUGCUCAGGCCAAUCUACACCCCAUGGCCAUUAAAAGUUAUUCAAAUCAUGACGCUGCACCCCACGGUUUAGGUUCUAGGGGGCGCCAAAGAUAACCCUAAAAUCCACAUAUUUAAAAGUCUUAUAACUUUUUAUUUUUGUCCUCUCUGGCCUCCAAGUUUUCUAGGAUGAUGCAAUGUCCAGCCAUCAACACAUUUGUGAAGGAAUUUUUACUCCCCAAAAGAGCGCCCCCCCAUGGCAGGAGAAAAAAGUCCAUUUUUUCUUGUCCCAUAAGGUGAAAAUACACAUUGUUGACUGUCAUACCUGUAUGCUUUGUCAUAUUGACACAAAAUUUGACACACACAUGUAUCUCAAUAAGAUCUACGAAAAAGUCAAUGGGCGCGUAUCUGUAAAAUGUACGGUUAAAGGGCUAUUUUGCAUUUUUUGCCGAUUAGCACACAUUGGAAUGUGGCUAACUCCUCCUAAGGCUUUCGUCCCACUGACACCAAAUUUGCUCAGGCCAAUCUACACCCCAUGGCCAUUCAAAGUUUUAAAAAUCAUGACGCUGCACCCCACGGUUUACGUUCUAGGGGGCGCCAAAGAUGACCCAAAUAUCCACAUUCUUAAAAGAAUCCACAUCUCCCCCCCCCCCCCCAUCCCCCAUCCCCCAUCCCCCAUCCCCCAUGGCAGGAGAAAAAGUCCAUUUUUUCCUGCCCAUCACUCAAUGGCUCAAUCGCAUCGCUCUCCCGGCAACACCGUAACGAGGAGCAACUUGCCGUUUGGAUAUAUCCUAGCUGUGUUUGUGCCCUCACUCAUGGUCCAGACUUUUUUCAAAUAGGACAUGUAGUUUGUCUGCAGCGAGUGUUUUGGUAGAAACUGCGCCUCCCAUUCAUUAUAAUGGGAAAUGACCACAGACAAGUGCGCACACCAUCUUUGGACCUUGAGUGUGACGCGAUCGGGAGGGGGAGGCGGUCGCACUGGGGGCGGCGCAACGCGGCUCGGGCCCGCCAGUGCCCCAACGGGGCCCUAGUUCUUUCUUUCUUUCUUCUUUUUCCUCCCCUUUGAACUGGAAAAUGGCCCACUUCCCACUGGCGAAAACUCAUGAAAUUUGGCAGGACGACCGGGCCUGGUGAAAAAUUCGAUAUUCUGAAGUCGCCCAAACAAUAAAAUGCAAAAUGGCUCCAUAGCGCCCCCUAAGGUGGAAAUUCACACUAUUGACUGUCACGCCUGUACGCUUUGUCAUAUUGACACUAAAAUUGACACACAUAUGUAUCUUAAUAAGAUCUACAAAAAAGUCAGUGCGGCCGUAUCUGUCAAAAUUACGGUUAAAGGGUUAUUUCGCAUUUUUUGCCGAUCCGCACACAUUGGAAUUUCGCUAACUCCUCCGAAGGCUUUCGUUCCACCGGCACCACAUUUGCUCAGGCCAAUCUACACCCCGUGGCCAUUAAAAGUUAUCAAAAUCAUGACGCUGCACCCCAAGGUUUAGGUUCUAGGGGGCGCCAAAGAUAACACUAAAAUCCACAUAUUUAAAAGUCUUAUAACUUUUUAUUUUUGUCCUCACUGGCCUCCAAGUUUUCUAGGAUGAUGCAAUGUCCAGCCAUCAACACAUUUGUGAAGGAAUUUUUACUCCCCAAAAGAGCGCCCCCCAUGGCAGAAGAAAAAAGUCCAUUUUUUCUUGUCCCCUAAGGUGAAAAUACACAUUGUUGAGUGUCACGCCUAUACGCUUUGUCAAAAUGACACAAAAAUUGACACACACAUGUAACUCAAUAAGAUCUACGAAAAAGUCAAUGCGCGCGUAUCUGUCAAAUGUACGGUUAAAGGGUUAUUCCGCAUUUUUUGCCGAUCCGCACACAUUGGAAUGUGGCUAACUCCUCCUAAGGCUUUCGUUCCACCGGCACCACAUUUGCUCAGGCCAAUCUACACCCCAUGGCCAUUAAAAGUUAUUCAAAUCAUGACGCUGCACCCCACGGUUUAGGUUCUAGGGGGCGCCAAAGAUAACCCUAAAAUCCACAUAUUUAAAAGUCUUAUAACUUUUUAUUUUUGUCCUCACUGGCCUCCAAGUUUUCUAGGAUGAUGCAAUGUCCAGCCAUCAACACAUUUGUGAAGGAAUUUUUACUCCCCAAAAGAGCGCCCCCCCAUGGCAGGAGAAAAAAGUCCAUUUUUUCUUGUCCCAUAAGGUGAAAAUACACAUUGUUGACUGUCAUACCUGUAUGCUUUGUCAUAUUGACACAAAAUUUGACACACACAUGUAUCUCAAUAAGAUCUACGAAAAAGUCAAUGGGCGCGUAUCUGUAAAAUGUACGGUUAAAGGGCUAUUUUGCAUUUUUUGCCGAUUAGCACACAUUGGAAUGUGGCUAACUCCUCCUAAGGCUUUCGUCCCACUGACACCAAAUUUGCUCAGGCCAAUCUACACCCCAUGGCCAUUCAAAGUUUUAAAAAUCAUGACGCUGCACCCCACGGUUUACGUUCUAGGGGGCGCCAAAGAUGACCCAAAUAUCCACAUUCUUAAAAGAAUCCACAUCUCCCCCCCCCCCAUCCCCCAUCCCCCAUCCCCCAUCCCCCAUGGCAGGAGAAACAGUCAAGUUUUUCCUGCCCAUCACUCAAUGGCUCAAUCGCAUCGCUCUCCCGGCAACACCGUAACGAGGAGCAACUUGCCGUUUGGAUAUAUCCUAGCUGUGUUUGUGCCCUCACUCAUGGUCCAGACUUUUUUCAAAUAGGACAUGUAGUUUGUCUGCAGCGAGUGUUUUGGUAGAAACUGCGCCUCCCAUUCAUUAUAAUGGGAAAUGACCACAGACAAGUGCGCACACCAUCUUUGGACCUUGAGUGUGACGCGAUCGGGAGGGGGAGGCGGUCGCACUGGGGGCGGCGCAACGCGGCUCGGGCCCGCCAGUGCCCCAACGGGGCCCUAGUUCUUUCUUUCUUUCUUCUUUUUCCUCCCCUUUGAACUGGAAAAUGGCCCACUUCCCACUGGCGAAAACUCAUGAAAUUUGGCAGGACGACCGGGCCUGGUGAAAAAUUCGAUAUUCUGAAGUCGCCCAAACAAUAAAAUGCAAAAUGGCUCCAUAGCGCCCCCUAAGGUGGAAAUUCACACUAUUGACUGUCACGCCUGUACGCUUUGUCAUAUUGACACUAAAAUUGACACACAUAUGUAUCUUAAUAAGAUCUACAAAAAAGUCAGUGCGGCCGUAUCUGUCAAAAUUACGGUUAAAGGGUUAUUUCGCAUUUUUUGCCGAUCCGCACACAUUGGAAUUUCGCUAACUCCUCCGAAGGCUUUCGUUCCACCGGCACCACAUUUGCUCAGGCCAAUCUACACCCCGUGGCCAUUAAAAGUUAUCAAAAUCAUGACGCUGCACCCCAAGGUUUAGGUUCUAGGGGGCGCCAAAGAUAACACUAAAAUCCACAUAUUUAAAAGUCUUAUAACUUUUUAUUUUUGUCCUCACUGGCCUCCAAGUUUUCUAGGAUGAUGCAAUGUCCAGCCAUCAACACAUUUGUGAAGGAAUUUUUACUCCCCAAAAGAGCGCCCCCCAUGGCAGAAGAAAAAAGUCCAUUUUUUCUUGUCCCCUAAGGUGAAAAUACACAUUGUUGAGUGUCACGCCUAUACGCUUUGUCAAAAUGACACAAAAAUUGACACACACAUGUAACUCAAUAAGAUCUACGAAAAAGUCAAUGCGCGCGUAUCUGUCAAAUGUACGGUUAAAGGGUUAUUCCGCAUUUUUUGCCGAUCCGCACACAUUGGAAUGUGGCUAACUCCUCCUAAGGCUUUCGUUCCACCGGCACCACAUUUGCUCAGGCCAAUCUACACCCCAUGGCCAUUAAAAGUUAUUCAAAUCAUGACGCUGCACCCCACGGUUUAGGUUCUAGGGGGCGCCAAAGAUAACCCUAAAAUCCACAUAUUUAAAAGUCUUAUAACUUUUUAUUUUUGUCCUCACUGGCCUCCAAGUUUUCUAGGAUGAUGCAAUGUCCAGCCAUCAACACAUUUGUGAAGGAAUUUUUACUCCCCAAAAGAGCGCCCCCCCAUGGCAGGAGAAAAAAGUCCAUUUUUUCUUGUCCCCUAAGGUGAAAAUACAUAUUGUUGAGAUUCACGCCUAUACGCUUUGUCAUAUUGACACAAAAUUUGACAAUCACGUGCCUUGCCUGGUAUCAUUUUUUUCAGCACAACCUCACCUGUGCGAAUUUACAGUUAUUUUAUCAUGUUGACAUACUGAAUUUACACAAUGGACCCAAAUUCACACACAAAACAUAAAAUCCAAGUGGAAAAAAGUAACAUUUUUACUGUGAAAACCACAAAUAUGUGUGAUGAACUGUUUUUAAAACUUAAACUUCAAAUAAAAAUUGUAAACUUCAAAACAUAUGCAAAUUUUUAACAAAGAACAUAGUGAUUUACCUCUAUUUACAUCAAAAUGCAGGCAAUGGCCCAGGCGUUCUUUGUAAAAUUAUUUACAAAACACUGUAUAGUCUCACAAAUGUCACUUUUUAUUUAUGCCACUACAAAAAAACAUGAUGUAAAUGAUGCAUGAUGUAAAACAUGAUGUAAAAAACUUGUGUAGAUCCUCCUCUAUGUCAGUCCAUGUGUAAUUUUUCCAUAAUUCUUUGUUUUUUGCAGCAUUUUUGUUAGUGUAACUGCAGAUUGUGCUGACAGUGUCUAUGGCACAAAAAAAAAAAAAAUUAAAAUGCCUCAACAUGAACCCCUGGUGGUCUCUGAGGGUGAAACCUGCUAACUGCUGCAGCUCUGUCAGCUUCAGUCUCCCAUGCAGAGCUCUGAGCGCAUGUGUGGCUCUGCACCCUUAGCAGCGUUGCUAACUCCUCAGUAAGGAAAGCCUGCUUCAUGUCAGAGUCUCUAAACUCCAGAAGAAGUCGAUAAAAGUCCCUUUCUUUCUAAAAAAAAGUCGUUAGGGGGUCUGAAAAGUCAUUGAAUCUAACAACAAAGUCGCUAGGUUUGCAACUACGUGUCCCAGACUGCAUCCCUGCUGAGAGUCCCUCCCUCGCUUCUCAUGUUGCAGGAAGAACGUAAGCGCCCGCCCCUUGUCAAUCAGUCACCAUAUAAUUUUGGAUUGGUUGUUGUGGUGAAGUUUUCCACCAAUAGGAGAGAUGUUGUGGUGUGUUUUUUUUUUCUUUUGGCAAGCCUUUUCCGCCUGUAAGACCUGUCGCUAAUGUCUGCAUGCUAUGUUUUCCUGUCUCAUACAGCGCGAUCGAGCGCCGAACGUGAUCAAAAUAAGCAGAAAAAAAGUAUCGCGGACAUAAUUUAUCAUAACUCUGGUUUUAUUUGGCCUAUCAACACAAUUUAAAAACUGGUAUAUAGGUUGAGGUCCUCACUUUUGAGAUAAGUUGAAACGGAGAGUCAACGAGGCUCCGUCUUGCAGCUACAUCCGGUUAAAUAUGUCAUGUGACUUGAACGCACACACAGACACACACACACACACACACACACACACACACACACACACACACACUCAGAGUCUGGUUUUUAGCACCUGCAAAAACAUGCUAUUUACAUAUUUGACAAGAAUGCAGAGGCUCCUUUUGCCCCUGAAAAAAAUCAAAUUUCAAACACAACUUGACUGCUCAUUUCUCCAAAAGACAACCAUGAAGUUCCAUCCAAACCUGAAGCAGGCAGUUGGUGCAUGUGUACAGUAACCUGAGGGGAGUGAGGUGAGUGCUUCUGAGGAGAACAUGAGCAGUGAAGAUUCACCUUGGAGCUAGAACAGAGACAUGCACAUGAUUAUACAGGGGCAGGGGCUCAAGUUUUUUCCAGUCGUUUAUACAAUAUGGAAAUUAAUGUGAAAUUAAAACACAAAGUAUUAAUAGAAAGGUAAUGACUGUCCUGUGUAGGUGACAGUGAUAUCCAAUAGGCUAGGCACUCACGAGGCUGGCUGUGGCAAGUAUAAGUGAAAGCAACACGCACUGGCAGGAAGAACAGCAAACGCCGAUGAAGGAAAAGGGUCUUUGCAGUGAUGGGCGUUACCAGAGAGGGCGAUGGCCAGAGGACACAAAUGCGACGGGGAGGCAGCACGUUGGGGGGGGGGACGCGACACGGCUCGGGCCCGCCAGUGCCCCAACGGGGUCCUAGUUAGGGCCCGAGCGUAGCUGCUAAGCAGCUGCGAGAGCCCUCUUGUUCCUGAUGGAUUCUUCUUUCGUUAUUUUUCCUCCGCUUUAAACUGGAAAAUGGCCCACUUCCCACUGACGAAAACUCAGGAAAUUUGGCAGGACGACCGGGCCUGGUGAAAAAUUUGAUAUUCUUAAGUCGCUCAAACAAAAAAAUGAAAAAUGGCUCCAUAGCGCCCCCUAUGGUGAAAACUCACCUGACACCUGUACGCUUUGUCAAAAUGACACAAAAUUUGACACACAUGUGUAUCUCAAUAAGAUCUACAAAAAAGUCAGUGCGGGGGUAUCUGUCAAAUGUACGGUUAAAGGGCUAUUUCGCUUUUUUUGCCGAUCCGCACACAUAGGAAUUUCGCUAACUCCUCCGAAGGCUUUCGUUCCACCGGCACCAAAUUUGCUCAGGCCAAUCUACACCCCAUGACCAUUAAAAGUUGUACAAAUCAUGACGCUGCACCCCACGGUUUAGGUUCUAGGGGGCGCCAAAGAUAACCCAAAAAUCCACAUUCUUAAAAGUCUUAUAACUUUUUAUUUUUGUCCUCACUGGCCUCCAAGUUUUCUAGGAUGAUGCAAUGUCCAGCCAUCAACACAUUUGUGAAGAAAUUUUAACUCUCCAAAAGAGCGCCCCCCCAUGGCAGGAGAAAAAAGUCCAUUUUUUCUUAUCCCGAAAGGUGAAAAUACACGUUGUUGACUGUCACGCCUUUACGCUUUGUCAUAUUGACAAAAAAUUUGACAAUCACAUGUAUCUCAAUAAGAUCUAUGAAAAAGUCAAUGGGCACGUGAGUGUAAAAUGUACGGUUAAAGGGCUAUUUUGCAUUUUUUGCCGAUUCGCACACAUUGGAAUUUCGUUAACUCCUCCUAAGGCUUUCGUCCCACUGACACCAAAUUUGCUCAGGCCAAUCUACACUCCAUGGCCAUUCAAAGUUGUAAAAAUCAUGACGCUGCACCCCACGGUUUACGUUUUAGGGGGCGCCAAAGAUGACCCAAAUAUACAUUACAGCAGACAAAGUAGUUUUGCCCACUGAGUGGCGCCAAAGGGACUAGUCUGUGGAGUCUGUGAGUCACUAUUGGCCUUUUUUGACUACUUUAGAUUUUACCUUUAUAUUUCCUCUUAAAAAUUUUUUACCUUGCCUUGCCUGGUAUCAUUUUUUUCAGCACAACCUCACCUGUGUGAAUUUACAGUUAUUUUAUCAUUUUGACAUACUGUAUUUACACAAUGGACCCAAAUUCACACACAAAACAUAAAAUCCGAGUGGAAAAAAGUAACAUUUUUACUGUGAAAACCACAAAUAUGUGUGAUGAACUGUUUUUAAAACUUAAACUUCAAAUAAAAAUUGUAAACUUCAAAACAUAUGCAAAUUUUUAACAAAGAACAUAGUAAUUUACCUCUAUUUACAUCAAAAUGCAGGCAAUGGCCCAGGCGUUCUUUGUAAAAUUAUUUACAAAACACUGUAUAGUCUCACAAAUGUCACUUUUUAUUUAUGCCACUACAAAAAAACAUGAUGUAAAUGAUGCAUGAUGUAAAACAUGAUGUAAAAAACUUGUGUAGAUCCUCCUCUAUGUCAGUCCAUGUGUAAUUUUUCCAUAAUUCUUUGUUUUUUGCAGCUUUUUUGUUAGUGUAACUGCAGAUUGUGCUGACAGUGUCUAUGCCAAAAAAAAAAAAAAAAAAAAACUGAAAAUGCCUCAACAUGAACCCCUGGUGGUCUCUGAGGGUGAAACCUGCUAACUGCUGCAGCUCUGUCAGCUUCAGUCUCCCAUGCAGAGCUCGGAGCUCAUGUGUGUCUCUGCACCCUUAGCAGCGUUGCUAACUCCUCAGUAAGGAAAGCCUGCUUCAUGUCAGAGUUUCUAAACUCCAGAAGAAGUCGAUAAAAGUCCCUUUCUUUCUAAAAAAAAAGUCGUUAGGGGGUCUGAAAAGUCAUUGAAUCUACAACAAAGUCGCUAGGUUUGCAACUACGUGUCCCAGACUGCAUCCCUGCUGAGAGUCCCUCCCUCCCUUCUCAUAUUGCAGGAAGAACGUAAGCGCCCGCCCCUUGUCAAUCAGUCACCAUAUAAUUUUGGAUUGGUUGUUGUGGUGAAGUUUUCCACCAAUAGGAGAGAUGUUGUGGUGUGUUGUUUUUUUUUCUUUUGGCAAGCCUUUUCCGCCUGUAAGAGCUGUCGCUAAUGUCUGCAUGCUAUGUUUUCCUGUCUCAUACAGCGCGAUCGAGCGCCGAACGUGAUCAAAAUAAGCAGAAAAAAAGUAUCGCGGACAUAAUUUAUCAUAACUCUGGUUUUAUUUGGCCUAUCAACACAAUUUAAAAACUGGUAUAUAGUUUGAGGUCCUCACUUUUUAGAUUAGUUGAAACGGAUGCUGCGUCCGAACUGCCCGCUCGGAUACUACAUGCUACUGCUACGUGCUACUGCUAGAUCCUACUCCUACAUACUAAAAACGUUGGCCCUAUUCGGACACACUACACGAGCGGUGGGGAAAGACGACCCCCGCAGGCAGAGAGUAGGUACUGCGCCCGUGCAGACAGUGGUAACUGAAGCCCCUCAUCUGCGGGCCUGGCUGUAGUACUGCAGCUGUGCAGUUUCAUGAUGGAAUAAGUGAGCUUUACCUCCAUGAUGUCGCCACUUGCUCAUAAAAUGAUUACUUGGGCAAAUAUGACACCAUGACAUGACAAAGAAAUACAACCGCACAUUUUUUAGGACAGUGUGUGAAGUUACAUGAAACUUACAUCUGUACUGCUGCGGUCCCGCCUGCUGCUGCUGCUGCUCCGACAUGGUGCGCGCUGCUGUGGCCAGCCGGCGUUCGCGACGCACCUAAAUAGGCAGCAGAUGGUGGCGCUAGCAUCACAUGCGCUUCUACAACUUUUAAGAGGACGAAGAAGAAGCCCGCGGUGCAUUUUGGGUCAGUAACAUGCCCGUAGGAUGCACCGAGACCAACCUACAAUGUGGGCGUGUCUAGCAUCUGAAGUAGUAUCUGAAGUAGCAUGCUACUCGCUCCGGUGGCCAAUUCGGACAUGCUAGAUACUACUUCGACUACUACUUCGACUACUACUUGGCAAUUCGGACGCAGCUGGAGAGUCAACGAGGCUCCGUCUUGCAGCUACAUCCGGUUAAAUAUGUCAUGUGACUUGAACGCUGGGGAGCGUCAAUCGACUGCAGAGCCAGCAGACAAAGUAGUUAUGGCCACUGAGAGGCACACAUUUGUCAUAUGCUAUAAUCCUAACAUAUUUGAAUGCUUUUUCUAUUUAAACCUAAUGGAUCUAAGGUUUGACCUUCAAAAUUUAGGAAGAAUAUGUUUUUGCAGUAAUUACCCCCUUAAACAACCAGAGGUCCUUUCCUAAAGUUUAUGGAAAUUUUAGUGAAGGCCUUGGUUUCUUUCCUUGCAAAAUGUAUAGAAAUAAUAAAGCUAAAUACCAUAAAAUGGUCUUGGUGUAUUAGCAGUGAUAUAAAAUAGUGGUUUGAAUAUGAAUGAACAACAAAAAAAACAUCAACAGAGCCUUUUUGAGUUGGGAUUCUUACACAAAAACAGACAUAGAUAGACAUCUGAAGGGUAAGGGAAUGAUCAGCCCUCCUAACUCUCAGAUGAAUCUUCAAAAUUCACCUCAGAAAUAUGCUCAUUAUUCUUCUCAGAGUACUACAAGAUAUACACACACACACACAGACACAAACACACACACACACACACACACACACACACACACACACACACACACACACACACACACACACACACACACUCAGAGUCUGUUUUUUAGCACCUGCAAAAACAUGCUAUUUACAUAUUUGACAAGAAUGCAGAGGCUCCUUUUGCCCCUGAAAAAAAUCUAAUUUCAAACACAACUUGACUGCUCAUUUCUCCAAAACACAACCAUGAAGCCCUAUGCAAACCUGAAGCAGGCAGUUGGUGCAUGUGUACAGUAACCUGAGGGGAGUGAGGUGACUGCUUCUGAGGAGAACAUGAGCAGUGAAGAUUCACCUUAGAGCCAGAACAGGGACGUGCACAUAAUUAUACAGGGGCAGGGGCUCAAGUCUUUUCCAGUCAUUUAUACAAUAUGGAAAUUAAUGUGAAAUUAAAAAACAAAGUAUUAAUAGAAAGGUAAUGACUGUCCUGUGUAGAUGACAGUGAUAUCCAAUAGGCUAGGCACUCACGAGGCUGGCUGUGGCAAGUGUAAGUGAAAGCAACACGCACUGGCAGGAAGAACAGCAAACGCCGAUGAAGGAAAAGGGUCUUUGCAGUGAUAGGCGUUACCAGAGAGGGCGAUGGCCAGAGGACGCGAAUGGGACGGGGAGGCAGCGCGUUGGGGGGGGCUGCGCGACACGGCUCGGGCCCGCCAGUGCCCCAACGGGGCCCUAGUUAGGGCCCGAGCGUAGCUGCUAAGCAGCUGCGAGAGCCCUCUUGUUCCUGCAUGUUUCCUUCUUUCGUUAUUAUUUUUCCUCCGCUUUAAACUGGAAAAUGGCCCACUUCCCACUGGCGAAAACUCAGGAAAUUUGGCAGGACGACCGGGCCUGGUGAAAAAUUCGAUAUUCUGAAGUCGCCCAAACAAUAAAAUGCAAAAUGGCUCCAUAGCGCCCCCUAAGGUGAAAAUUCACAUGACGGCUGUACGCUUUGUCAUAUUGACACAAAAAUUGACACACACAUGUAUCUCAAUAAGAUCUACAAAAAAGUCAGUGCGGGCGUAUCUGUCAAAUGUACGGUUAAAGGGUUAUUUUGCAUUUUUUGCAGAUCUGCACACAUUGGAAUUUCGCUAACUCCUCCGAAGGCUUUCGUUCGACCGGCACCACAUUUGCGCAGGCCAAUCUACCCCCCAUGGCCAUUAAAAGUUGUACAAAUCAUGACGCUGCACCCCACGGUUUACGUUCUAGGGGGCGCCAAAGAUAACCCAAAAUCCACAUUCUUAAAAGUCUUAUAACUUUUUAUUUUUGUCCUCACUGGCCUCCAAGUUUUCUAGGAUGAUGCAAUGUCCAGCCAUCAACACAUUUGUGAAGGAAUUUUUACUCCCCAAAAGAGCGCCCCCCCAUGGCAGGAGAAAAAAGUCCAUUUUUUCUUGUCCCCUUACAUGAAAAUACACAUUGUUGAGUGUCACGCCUGAACGCUUUGUCAUAUUGACACAAAAAUUGACAAUCACGUGUAUCUCAAUUAGAUCUACGAAAAAGUCAAAAAGCGCGUAUCUGUAUAAUGUACGGUUAAAGGGCUAUUUCGCAUUUUUUGCCGAUUCGCACACAUUGGAAUGUGGCUAUCUCCUCCUAAGGCUUUCGUCCCACCGAUACCAAAUUUGCUCAGGGCAAUCUACACCCCAUGCCCAUUCAAAGUUGUAAAAAUCAUGACGCUGCACCCCACGGUUUACGUUCUAGGGGGCACCAAAGAUGACCCAAAAAUCCACAUUCUUAAAAGUCAUUUUGGCCACUGCAGGAGUACAGAGUACUGCAGUUCUAGGGGGCGCCAAAGAUGACCCAAAAAUCCACAUUCUUAAAAGUCAUUUUGGCCACUGCAGGAGUACAGAGUACUGCAGUUCUAGGGGGCGCCAAAGAUGACCCAAAAAUCCACAUUCUUAAAAGUCUUUUUGGCCACUGCAGGAGUACAGAGUACUGCAGGAUACACACCCAUAUACACACACACACACACACACACACACACACACACACACACACACACUCAGAGUCUGUUUUUUAGCACCUGCAAAAACAUGCUGUUUACAUAUUUGACAAGAAUGCAGAGGCUUCCUUUUGCCCCUGAAAAAAAUCAGAUUUCAAACACAACUUGACUGUUCAUUUCUCCAAAAGACAACCAUGAAGCUCCAUCCAAACCUGAAGCAGAUAGUUGGUGCAUGUGUACAGUAACCUGAGGGGAGUGAGGUGACUAUUUCUGAGGAGAACAUGAGCAGUGAAGAUUCACCUUGGAGCUAGAACAGGGACGUGCACAUGAUUAUACAGGGGCAGGGGCUCAAGUUUUUUCCAGUCAUUUAUACAAUAUGGAAAUUAAUGUUAAAUUAAAACACAAAUAUGUGUGAUGAACUGUUUUUAAAACUUAAACUUCAAAUAAAAAUUGUAAACUUCAAAACAUAUGCAAAUUUUUAACAAAGAACAUAGUAAUUUACCUCUAUUUACAUCAAAAUGCAGGCAAUGGCCCAGGCGUUCUUUGUAAAAUUAUUUACAAAACACUGUAUAGUCUCACAAAUGUCACUUUUUAUUUAUGCCACUACAAAAAAACAUGAUGUAAAUGAUGCAUGAUGUAAAACAUGAUGUAAAAAACUUGUGUAGAUCCUCCUCUAUGUCAGUCCAUGUGUAAUUUUUCCAUAAUUCUUUGUUUUUUGCAGCAUUUUUGUUAGUGUAACUGCAGAUUGUGCUGACAGUCUAUGGCAAAAAAAACAAAAACUGAAAAUGCCUCAACAUGAACCCCUGGUGGUCUCUGAGGGUGAAACCUGCUAACUGCUGCAGCUCUGUCAGCUUCAGUCUCCCAUGCAGAGCUCGGAGCGCAUGUGUGGCUCUGCACCCUUAGCAGCGUUGCUAACUCCUCAGUAAGGAAAGCCUGCUUCAUGUCAGAGUCUCUAAACUCCAGAAGAAGUCGAUAAAAGUCCCUUUCUUUCUAAAAAAAGUCGUUAGGGGGUCUGAAAAGUAAUUGAAUCUAACAACAAAGUCGCUAGGUUUGCAACUACGUGUCCCAGACUGCAUCCCUGCUGAGAGUCCCUCCCUCCCUUCUCAUGUUGCAGGAAGAACGUAAGCGCCCGCCCCUUGUCAAUCAGUCACCAUAUAAUUUUGGAUUGGUUGUUGUGGUGAAGUUUUCCACCAAUAGGAGAGAUGUUGUGGUGUGUUUUUUUUUCUUUUGGCAAGCCUUUUCCGCCUGUAAGACCUGUCGCUAAUGUGUGCAUGCUAUGUUUUCCUGUCUCAUACAGCGCGAUCGAGCGCCGAACGUGAUCAAAAUAAGCAGAAAAAAAGUAUCGCGGACAUAAUUUAUCAUAACUCUGGUUUUAUUUGGCCUAUCAACACAAUUUAAAAACUGGUAUAUAGGUUGAGGUCCUCACUUUUGAGAUAAGUUGAAACAGAGAGUUAACGAGGCUCCGUCUUGCAGCUACAUCCGGUUAAAUAUGUCAUGUGACUUGAACGCUGGGGAGCGUCAAUCGAAUCGAACCUAACUCUCAGAUGAAUCUUCAAAAUUCACCUCAGAAAUAUGCUUAUUAUUCUUUUCAGAGUACUGCAGGAUACACACACACACACACACACACACACACACACACACACACACACACACACUCAGAGUCUGUUUUUUAGCACCUGCAAAAACAUGCUAUUUACAUAUUUGACAAGAAUGCAGAGGCUUCCUUUUGCCCCUGAAAAAAAUCAAAUUUCAAACACAACUUGACUGCUCAUUUCUCCAAAAGACAACCAUGAAGCUCCAUCCAAACCUGAAGCAGGCAGUUGGUGCAUGUGUACAGUAACCUGAGGGGAGUGAGGUGACUGCUUCUGAGGAGAACAUGAGCCGUGAAGAUUCACCUUGGAGCUAGAACAGGGACGUGCACAUGAUAAUACAGGGGCAGGGGCUCAAGUUUUUUCCAGUUGUUUAUACAAUAUGGAAAUUAAUGUGAAAUUAAAAACAAAGUAUGACUGUCCUGUGUAGGUGACAGUGAUAUCCAAUAGGCUAGGCACUCACGAGGCUGGCUGUGGCAAGUGUAAGUGAAAGCAACACACACUGGCAGGAAGAAAAGCAAACGCCGAUGAAGGAAAAGGGUCUUUGCAGUGAUGGGCGUUACCAGAGAGGGCGAUGGCCAGAGGACACGAAUGGGACGGGGAGGCAGCGCGUUGGGGGGGGGGGGGGGGUGCGACACGGCUCGGGCCCGCCAGUGCCCCAACGGGGCCCUAGUUAGGGCCCGAGCGUAGCUGCUAAGCAGCUGCGAGAGCCCUAUUAUUCCUGAUGGAUUCUUCUUUCUUCUUCUUCUUCUUAUUAUUUUUCUGCCCCUUUGAACUGGAAAAUGGCCCACUUCCCACUGGUGAAAAGUCAUGAAAUUUGGCAGGACGACCGGGCCUGGUGAAAAAUUCGAUAUUCUGAAGUCGCCCAAAAAAUCAAAUGCAAAAUGGCUCCAUAGCGCCCCCUAAGGUGAAAAAUUCACAUGAUUGAGUGUCACGCCUGUACGCUUUGUCAAAAUGACACAAAAUUUGACACACACGUGUAUCUCAAUAAGAUCUACAAAAAAGUCAGUGCGGGCGUAUCUGUCAAAUGUACGGUUAAAGGGCUAUUUCGCAUUUUUUGCCGAUCCGCACACAUUGGAAUUUCGCUAACUCCUCCGAAGGCUUUCGUUCCACCGGCACCAAAUUUGCUCAGGCCAAUCUACACCCCAUGGCCAUUAAAAGUUGUACAAAUCAUGACGCUGCAUCCCACGGUUUACGUUCUAGGGGGCGCCAAAGAUAACCCAGAAAUCCACAUUCUUAAAAGUCGUAUAACUUUUUAUUUUUGUCCUCACUGGCCUCCAAGUUUUCUAGGAUGAUGCAAUGUCCAGCCAUCAACACAUUUGUGAAGGAAUUUUUACUCCCCAAAAGAGCGCCCCCCCAUGGCAGGAGAAAAAAGUCCAUUUUUUCUUGUCUCCUAAGGCGAAAAUUCACACUAUUGACUGUCACGCCUUUACGCUUUGUCAUAUUGACACAAAAAUUGACACACACAUGUAUCUCAAUAAGAUCUACAAAAAAGUCAGUGCGGGCGUAUCUGUCAAAUGUACGGUGAAAGGGAUAUUUCGCAUUUUUUGCCGAUCCGCACACAUUGGAAUUUCGCUAACUCCUCCGAAGGCUUUCGUUCCAAAGGCACCACAUUUGCUGAGGCCAAUCUACACCCCAUGGCCAUUAAAAGUUGUACAAAUCAUGAUGCUGCACCCCACGGUUUACGUUCUAGGGGGCGCCAAAGAUAACCCAAAAAUCCACAGUCUUAAAAGUCUUAUAACUUUUUAUUUUUGUCCUCACUGGCCUCCAAGUUCUCUAGGAUGAUGCAAUGUCCAGCCAUCAACACAUUUGUGAAGGAAUUUUUACUCGCCAAAAGAGCGCCCCCCCAUGGCAGGAGAAAAAAGUCCAUUUUUUCUUGUCUCCUAAGGCGAAAAUACACAUUGUUGACUGUCACGCCUUUACGCUUUGUCAAAAUGACACAAAAUUUGACACACACAUGUAUCUCAAUAAGAUCUACAAAAAAGUCAGUGCGGGCGUAUCUGUCAAAUGUACGGUUAAAGGGUUAUUUCGCAUUUUUUGCCGAUCCGCACACAUUGGAAUUUCGCUAACUCCUCCUAAAUCUUCUGUCCCAUCGGCUUCAAAUUUGCUCAGGUCAAUCUACACCCCAUGGCCAUUCAAAGUUGUACAAAUCAUGACGCUGCACCCCACAGUUUACGUUCUAGGGGGCGCCAAAGAGGACCCAAAUAUCCACAUUUUUAAAAGUCUUAUAACUUUUUAUUUUUGUCCUCACUGGCCUCCAAGUUUUCUAGGAUGAUGCAAUGUCCAGCCAUCAACACAUUUGUGAAGGAAUUUUUUCUCCCCAAAAGAGCGCCCCCCCAUGGCAGGAGAAAAAGUCAAGUUUUUCCUGCCCAUCGCUCAAUGGCUCAAACGCAUCGCUCUCUCUGCAAAACCGAAAGGAGGAGCAACUUGCCAUUUGGAUAUAUACUAGCUGUGUUUGUGCCCUCACUCAUGGUCCAGACUUUUUUCAAAUAGGACAUGUAGUUUGUCUGCAGCGAGCGUUUUGGUAGAAACUGCGCCUCCCAUUCAUUAUAAUGGGAAAUGACCACAGACAAGUGCGCACACCAUCUUUGGACCUUGAGUGUGACGCGAUCGGGAGGGGGAGGCGGUCGCGCUGGGGGCGGCGCGACGCGGCUCGGGCCCGACAGUGCCCCACCGGGGCCCUAGUUAUUAUUUUUCCUCCGCUUUAAACUGGAAAAUGGCCCACUUCCCACUGGCGAAAACUCAGGAAAUUUGGCAGGACGACCGGGCCUGGUGAAAAAUUCGAUAUUCUGAAGUCGCCCAAACAAUAAAAUGCAAAAUGGCUCCAUAGCGCCCCCUAAGGUGAAAAUUCACAUGACGGCUGUACGCUUUGUCAUAUUGACACAAAAAUUGACACACACAUGUAUCUCAAUAAGAUCUACAAAAAAGUCAGUGCGGGCGUAUCUGUCAAAUGUACGGUUAAUGGGUUAUUUUGCAUUUUUUGCAGAUCUGCACACAUUGGAAUUUCGCUAACUCCUCCGAAGGCUUUCGUUCGACCGGCACCACAUUUGCGCAGGCCAAUCUACCCCCCAUGGCCAUUAAAAGUUGUACAAAUCAUGACGCUGCACCCCACGGUUUACGUUCUAGGGGGCGCCAAAGAUAACCCAAAAUCCACAUUCUUAAAAGUCUUAUAACUUUUUAUUUUUGUCCUCACUGCCCUCCAAGUUUUCUAGGAUGAUGCAAUGUCCAGCCAUCAACACAUUUGUGAAGGAAUUUUUACUCCCCAAAAGAGCGCCCCCCCAUGGCAGGAGAAAAAAGUCAAUUUUUUCUUGUCCCCUUACAUGAAAAUACACAUUGUUGAGUGUCACGCCUGAACGCUUUGUCAUAUUGACACAAAAAUUGACAAUCAUGUGUAUCUCAAUUAGAUCUACGAAAAAGUCAAAAAGCGCGUAUCUGUAUAAUGUACGGUUAAAGGGCUAUUUCGCAUUUUUUGCGGAUUCGCACACAUUGGAAUGUGGCUAUCUCCUCCUAAGGCUUUCGUCCCACCGAUACCAAAUUUGCUCAGGGCAAUCUACACCCCAUGGCCAUUCAAAGUUGUAAAAAUCAUGACGCUGCACCCCACGGUUUACGUUCUAGGGGGCGCCAAAGAUGACCCAAAAAUCCACAUUCUUAAAAGUCUUAUAACUUUUUAUUUUAGUCCUCACUGGCCUCCAAGUUUUCUAGGAUGAUGCAAUGUCCAGCCAUCAACACAUUUGUGAAGGAAUUUUUACUCCCCAAAAGAGCCCCCCCCCCCUUUUUGUGCAAAAAUUUUAACAUUGAAGUCAAUGGGGAAAUCUUCCAGUUCUUCCUUUUAUUCUUCCACCUUCAAAGCCUUAUAACUUCUGCAUACUUUCACCUAGAGACCUCAUUUUUACUUUAAAAUGUUCAUUUACUUGUCGACUAUUACAGUUGUACUCAGUUUUUUUUUUAAUCUUUUACAGUUUUCCCACAAUUUAGCUUUAAGCAACUCGUAAUUUUUAACAAUUUUCAGGCUUUAUAUUGAGGGAGUAUUGGAGAGGCUAGAGUGAUGAUUUAAAAAGCUAGAGUGCAGACCUCGUCUCUGAUCGACAGAACCUCGCUCGAAUAUAUCGCUCCCACGCCCGCCCACAAAUUUCACUCCACAGCCAUAGAAAAUACAUCAAAAUGGAGGUAUAUGUGUCCUGCUUCUCACAAAAGAAGUUUCAAAUCAUUAAAUCAUACCCCUUGGCCAGCAGGUGACCAACUGUCCAAAUAAGCGGAGAUCUCUCCCAUUAAUCCUAAUGUAAUUUUUCUCCAAGAAAAUCCUGAUCAUCACUCAGGCUCAGACUUUUUUAACUAGCUGUUGUGGCCACAUUUUUUAGAGUACAAACAUGAAAAACACAUAAUUGUGUUCAUGAAGGGCGGAGGAUUCGUGCAAUGUUCUUAUUUUCAUUCUAAGAUUUAAGGAAAUCGUGCUAUGUGAAGAAGUUCAGAGGCCCUAAAUUCACGGAAGUUAGGCAGCUUCUCAUUCAAACAGUAGGUCAGUUAAUCACCCAGUCACCCAGUGUUUUUUCACUGCCACUCCCACCUCAUCAGCCAAACUCCACUCACCUGUGCUCUCCACCACACCUGCAGCUCGUCCCUGACCAUCAGCCCAAGUAUUUAAGCUCCAGCUCCACACACACACACCAGUUGCCUGAUUGUGUUCGCAUUAUGCAAGCCCUUCUAGCACUCUUUUCCGGACUGAUCGCCUGUUGCUGACCUGGUCUGUUCCCGUUCCUAGUGCUGGGCGAUAGGACGAUAGAUAUCGUGGGCACGAUAGAAAAUGUCUAUCGUGCCAUUUCUAUUUUUAUCGUUUCGAGCAAUAGGCUGUAUUUUAUCCAUAGGGCUUGUGCCAUCAGAUGAUUCAUAGUAACAACAACAAUAAUUGCACAUUCAGUAAGUGUAUUUGGUGUCAAACGGGAAAGAAAACAAUAUUUUCUUACAAAGAAAAGGAUGCGUUGACAUGUAGGCUCGCAUUUCUCUUUCGAUUUUGCGACAUGACGUCGCUUUACGUGCCCUCUUCGUGUCCAGCGUCUCCCGCCGUUGCGGGUUACCUGGGUUACACACGUGAGGGGAUCAUUGUAAGCAGUGCAUAAUUUGUGCCGGAGCAGACAGGAGCACGCUCCGGGACCUCUUUUGAUCGGAUCCGGGACCUAUUUCAGCCGCUUCAGAUGUUCUUAUUUUCAUUAUGGGAUUUAAGGAAAUCACGCUAUGUGAAGAAGUUCACACAGUAAUUAUGUGUCUGCUUCACCACCUAUCUCUACCCACAAACUUUGAGCUACAGAAACCAUUCUGGGCUUGAAAAUUUCAUCUUAUUGAGGACACUUUGGGCUGUUUUAAGGAUUGUGAUAAUAAAUUGUAUUAAUGUGUUCAGCAGUCUCAUGGUUCUCAAAAGCUCCUUAUCAUGAAUAUAUACAGAGGUUGACCAUCAGCUAUUUCCUCAGCUUUAAGCCUCCUCUCUCCUGCUGCAGUGACACGAAGAUGUGUCACUAUCAAUAAGUGCACCUGGAGACACACAGCUGACUGAAAAGCUGCUUCUACUGACCAUAUAAGAUACAUGAAGCCAGGCUCAGUACACAGAGCACUGGGGGUUACAUUUAAAACCCUUCACCAGAGCACUUGACAAACUUUGGACCUUUCUCCUACCACAAACCUUGACCUACAGAAACCAUUCAGGGCUCCAAAAAUUCAGCUCAUUGAGGACAUUAUGGGGUGUAUUUAGGAUUUUGUUAAUUAAUUGUAUCAAUAUGUUCAGCAGAGUCGUGGGGUUCUCACAAGUUUCUUAUCAUGAAUGUAGCCGUUACAGAGAAUGAGCUUCAGGGCCUAGUUUUGGGUUUUGUUUCUCAGCUUCAAGCCUUCUUUCUCCUUCUGCAGUGAUGCAUCUUGCGUCCCCAUGGCAACCAUUAGUGCACCUGGAGACACACAGCUAACUGGAAAGCUGCUUCUAACUAGCCUGGCUGGGCCAUCCAGUACUUGCCGUCAGAUCAAUCAGAAAAUAACCGGGCCAAUCAGUGACUGUGUUUCCACUGUUUCCCGGACAACAGGGAAAGGCAGCCCCUGACUGGUCUAUGUGUAGAUGGUGACGUCUAACACAUGCUGCGGGACUUUUCAAAGCGCCAUUCAUUCAGAAUGACGUUAAUUCUGCAGUUGACUUUGCAAAGUCGGCAGAAAUCGUUUAUAUCUGCAGAAGAAGACGUAAAAGACAUUGUUUGCUCGUACACGUUGAAAUAUUACCAAACCUUUACUUGAUGCUUGAGAGCCCAGCAGGGAACACAGUUGCGCACUGUGAUGACGUCAGAUGUUUGGUUACGGUGAUUGGUUAUAGUAGUCUGUCUAUCAAGGAAAGUACUCCCGCCCACUUUUAGGGUUCCCAAUUGGCUGAACUCCAGACUGUUGUGGGAAGGAACGGCAAGUGAUUCACGCAACUGGAUGGCCCAGCUAGGCUACAUGAAGCCAGGUUAUAGAGUUAUUUGACGAAUUUUGUCAUCUAUCUCUUCCCACAAAUUUUGAGCUACAGAAACCAUUCAGGGCUUAAGAAAUCCAGCUCAUUGAGGACAUUAUGGGAUGCAUUCAGGAUUUUUUUUUCAUUUAAAUUUCUUUCCACACUAGAUUCAGUUUUAUUAUUCAUGCAUUAUUUAAUUCUUGAAACAAAUAAAAAAUUAUUCAAACUGAAUUAAACCUUUUUGAUACUUCAAAUACUUUAAGAUUUUUUAAUCAUUUAUAUUUUUCCUGUUUUAAAUCAUUUUUUACGAUUCAUACAUCAUUCUAUUUUUCAAACAAAUUCCAACUCAUUCAAGCUGAUUCAAACCUUUCUAGUACUUUAAUCCUUUCUCAUUCUUCAGGAUUUUAAAUCAUUUUAAUUUUCCACACAUUGCUUUUUUUAAACAAUUUAUGCACUAUUCAAUGAAUUCAUACAAAUCAUUCAAAUAAAUUCAAAGUUUCCUUAAAAUUCAAACUUUCUUAUCUUUCAUAGACUUCCAGGAUUCAGCCAUUCGCAAUAGCAAUUUUAAACAGAGCAUAGUUGUUUUAGUAGCUCAGAUUUGUUCAGAGCUGCUAACAAAAUCUACACCUGCUCUUUUUUUACAAUCAGAAAUCACCAUUUCAAUUGUGUGUUUGUGUAUGUGUGUUUAUUAUCCAGGUACACUGAGUGUGGUUCUCUCCUUUGCAUUCAUCUUCAACCAGUGUCUGGGCUGUGACGUCUUCACUCCUCAGUGGGUUAGUUUGACCUACUUUAUCCCGUUCAUCAUCGUUUUUCAGUUUGGCUGGGCAGCCACCCAGAUCUCCCACCUGUCACUCAUCCCAGAACUGGUCACCUGUGAGCAUGCGAAAGUAGAACUGACGGCAUACAGGUAUUAUUCUCCAUGAAUAUAAAAAGCACACAAGCCAGGUAAUGUGAAGAUCCUAACUCUGUGUGUGUGUGUGUGUGUGUGUGUGUGUGUGUGUGUGUGUGUGUGUGUGUGUGCAGAUAUGCAUUCACAGUUGUAGCCAACAUCACAGUAUACGCAGUGGCCUUCCUCCUGUUCCAUGUCCAGGAUGAAGACAGUGACAGUCCGCUCAGCGACGAGCUCGGACCAGCAGAUAUGCCUGUUUUCAGGGUGAGGAAGACUUCUCUUUCCACUGAAAAUAUAAAAUUGCUGAAGGAGACAUCCACAUUAAAGGUGAACAGGUAAGAUCAGUAGGAUAAUGUUGAGUGUGCAGGUUGGCACAACAUGAGCUGCUCGGGUCGGGAUGUCACUCUACCCUCGUCAGCUGCAAUUCUGGAGAUGCUCUGAUCCAGUUUCAGCUGUAACAGUCUUGCCCUCUGUCAUGGUGGCUCACAUCUUUACACGCGCCCAUUUUUCUCACUUCCACCUCAUCAACUUUAUGGACAAAAUGAAGGGUAGUAAAGUGCUGGAUCCUGGAGUGCUGGUCUUGAACAUCCAUGAGUAAGGAACUGGCGCUUGAGUUUAUUAUGUAGAUUGUCCUUUAUUUUUAUUUAACGUUUAUUUAAGGCUUAUUGAGAUAUGAAAUCUCUUUUACAAAAGCGACCUGGCCAAGAGGCAGCAAAGUUAAAGAGUUACAGUAAAAUCAUUUAAAAUAAAUAACAAUAACUCAAUAAGAGAUACAACAGAAUAAAAUAAAUAAAACUGUCAGUGAUAGAAUAGAAGCAGUGUAACAUCUUGUUAAAAACAGUCACAAAGGCCAAUGCUUUCCAGUGCCCUCAUUUUAAGAAUUCCUCAAAGGGGAUCAAAUCUGAUAAUUUUAGUUCCUCCUGUAGCGAAUUCCAUGCAGUAGGAGCAGCAAAGCAGAAAGCCCUUUUUCCUAACUCAGAGAGGACACGAGGAGUAUUUAACAUCAACAAGCCAGUGGAUCGUAGCCUAUAAUGUGCAUUAUUUCUCAUAAGGUAAUAUCCAAGAUAGGACUGCACCAUCCCAAGUAAAGCUUUGUAAAUAUAAGUCAACCAGUGAGUGAAUCUUCUGACAGACAGGGAGGGCCAUUCCGCUUUUUUGUACAGAGUGCAAUGAUGCGUCAGAUUCUGGCAUCCAGUGACAAACCUUAAAGCACAGUGAUAGACAGUAUCCAAGAAACGUAGACAUGCGACUGGUGCAUGCAUAUACAGUACAUCACCAUAAUCAAGCAAUGGAAGAAAGGUUGCUGACACAAGACGUUUCCUGGCUCCAAGAGAAAAGCAAGAUCUGUUCCUAAAAUAAAAUUUUACCUUAAGUUUAGAAAUUAGGUUUGAGAUAUGAUGUUUGAAAUUUAUACAAUAAUCCAGAUGGAAACCCAGGUACUUAUAGGACAAUACUUGCUCAAUGGCUGCACCCCCGCAGGUUAACACGGGGAGAUUUGUUGACAGCACAGUAGCCCUGGAAAACAGCAUAACCUUUGUCUUAUCAAUGUUCAGGACCAGUUUCAGCCUUUGCAGGCGGGCCUGAACAACAUCAAAGGCCGACUGCAGACGAGUGAAAGCAUGCACAAAAGACGAUGCACAGCAGUAAAUGACUGUUUCGUCUGCAUAAAAAUGAUAGACGGCGUCUGACAGAUUGUUACAGAGAUCAUUUAUAUAAAUAGAAAACAGAAUGGACCCCAACACCGAUCCUUGUGGCACCCGAAGACCUUUGCUAAAAUGCACAGCUUUGAAAUAGGUCUAUUAUUGUUCAAAAUUGAGGGAUCUCCCCCUUUUAGGAGGGGAAGAACAGAGGCAGACUUCCAUAUGAUUGAGACUUAACUGUUAAGAAGACUCAGAUUAUAUAAAUUUGUUAGAGGCUGAGCAAUGAAAUCUGCAGCCAAUUUUAGAAAGUAUGACUCAAGCUGAUCAGGACCGGCAGAUUUCUUUGGGUCCAGCUGUUUCAGUUCCCUCAACACAUCAACUGCAGAUAUUGGAAGAAACUGAAAUAGAGCUUCCACAUUUUCUCUACAAACUGGUUUGACAUUAUUUUCAAUGUGAGGAUCAGGACUGCUUGAUUUUUGAUUAAAUUCAAAUAAAAAUCCUGCAGAAAUAAAAUGCUCAUUAAAACAAUUUAAAAUCUCAGACCUAUCAGUUGUCAUACAUGAGUCAUUGUUGAUAAAAGAAGGUGGUUCAUUGGUGGAAACCUUACCAGAAAAGGACCUCAUCAUUUUCCAAAACUUUCUUGGAUCAUUUAAAUAUUUACUGGUUUCCGAAAGGUAGUACUCUGACUUUGCAGUUCUUAUGGACUGAGUAAACCGAUUUCUAAGCUGCCUAAAUCUGAGCCAAUCAAUGUCAGCCUUAGUUUGUCUUGCUCUGGCCCAAGCGCUAUUUCUAUCUCUAAGGAAACUAUUUAAUUCUGGAGAAAACCAUGGGUUAAUGUGACCUUUUAUUCGCAAUUUGCUUCACAGCCAUUUCAUGGUAUAAAUGCUCAGACAUUCUUUAUUAAAAUAAAUAACUUGUCAAUUGAAUUUCCAUUAUGAUGAACAUACAUGAACAUACUUUCAUAAACACUUCUUAAUGACUAAAUCGGCAGAAGCAAAGCUUAUAUGCUUUUGUAUUUAGUACCAACCCCCAUUCUGUAAAACUCUACACACUUAAAGAUUCCUUGUGAUGCAGAUCUAUACACUGUAAGCAGACCUGCAGGUGACACUAGAGUUUCUGAUGUUUCCAAACUUCAGCAGUGGUAGUUUAUUAAACACACUGCAGGGUUUUUAAUUAGAUGUAGCCCCAGAUUGUCUGUUUUGUCUCGAUCAUGUGUCAGGGUCCAGCAUGUGAAUAACAAUAGCAUGACACCAAACAAGUUUCUUUCUUUCUUUCUUUCUUCCUGUUAUAACCUGCUGUUUUCAAACCCUCUAAUUUUAGAGGCUGAAUAUGUGCAACAAAUUGAGAUUAACAUUAUUUAUACUUUUUUGUUACUUGUCCUAAAGUUCCCUUAAAACCUUGUGAAAUCUGUUUCUUACUUGAGAGAAUGAAUUUUUCAGGGGAGCUCCAUCAGGCCGUUGUUUCUGUGCUGUUUACUGUUGUCAGUAAAGCACACUGUAUGUCUACACUGUAUGUUAUUAUGUAUGUCUGUAUGUUAUGUUAGAGAGUGGGUCAGUAACCUGCAUCAUGUUGUGUUUGAUUGCAGAAUCUGGCGCUGAUUGUGUUGGGCAUUGGUGCUGUCUUCUCUCUCUUGUUCCACCUGGGGACCAAAGAACAAAGGUGUUUAGUAGAGGCUGGAGGAGGAGAGGAAGGAGACAGGGAGAGGGCAGAAGAGGAGGAACGGAGAGGGGAACGGACACCCCUGCUUCUUCGCUCUCAGCCCAGCUCACCUCUCCUGCAGUGGAAAUGUUGGCUUCGACAGCCAUCUUUUUACCAGGUGCAAACAUUCUCCCACUAAAACUCAUACGGUGCUCAAAAGCCUGAAGUGAACUUCCUAUGAUGGGCAGAAGAAACACUGACUGUUUCAGCUGCUUCACUGUUUUACAUCAGACAUUGUGUAAAACUUUUGUUGCUAUGGAAACUUCUGACAAAUGUCUUUUUUCCUGCAAAGGUGGCCUUACUCUACAUGUCCACAAGGUUAAUAGUCAAUCUGUCUCAGACCUACAUCUCCAUGUAUCUCAUCAAUACUCUGAAACUGCCAAAGGUAACAUUCAAAACCAAUGAGUACUGACAAAUCAUGAACUCCAGUACUCAUUUUAUGAUGACUGCAGCAUCACUGGUAUGAAGUAACACAGCUUUGUUCACAUACACAUGUCCUCAUUGUUUUUUCUUCAUUUUCCUCCAACAGAACUUUAUUGCAACAAUCCCAUUAGUGAUGUACCUGAGUGGUUUCAUAUCCUCCUUCAUAAUGAAGCCUCUCAGCAAACUCAUAGGAAAAGGUGUAAGUAAAAUCUCUGUACUUCGCCUUGUCGCAUCUCCACUGUUACCAAUAUUCAAGUCACAACAGGAAGAGUCAGACUUUUAUCUGGAGCAGAAAUAGUUCAUUAAUAAAAGUAAGGGGGGUCUUCUAUAGUGUAAAUACAUAUGCUGGGGUUAUAGUUGUAUUGGACAGACAGACAGGCAGGCAGGCAGACAGAUUUUUAUUGUCAUUGUGAAAAUCACAACAAAAUUAUAAAGUGCCUUUACAGUCAGUGCAUUAAAAAAGGACACUAAAACAUUAUAAAGUAAAACAGUUUUAAGAGGAGUGAUGUGGUCCAAGUCUCUCUGCAUCCUCGAUGCCUCUGGUGUAACGGUGAGAUUGAGAGAGGUAUAAUUUUAGGAGUCUGUUCACUGUUUGUGUGUUUGUUUAAAGAAAAUGUUGCUCAUUACAACAUAAAGUUGGUAGUCCACCUGACACUGAGUCUCUCCCUCUGAACCAUGAAGCUUACCUACUUCCUGGGUCUUCUGCUGAUCCUGGCCUUCUCCUCCUGGGUGCUGUUGGACACCAAAAUGGGUCAGCUGGUGUAUGGAGCAGCCAUACUUCUAGGGGCGGGGUCAGCCACACUCUUGGUUAUUUCACUUGCCAUGACUGCUGACCUCAUUGCUGAUCAGACGGUAAGGUGUGUGUGUGUGUGUGUGCGCGUGCGUAAGCAUUCGUGUGUGUCCAUAUAUUUGUCAGUGUUUUGCAGCUCUGGUUCGGAGCAGUUGAAUCAAAUCCUCAGCGGUCCAGAGUCUCUGUCAAAAAUACGCAAUUUCACACUUUUACUAUAUGUAAAUACAGUCCAGCAGUCAUAAAAUGUCCUAAGACACAUGAUGCAAUAAAACCUUAUUUCAUAUGUUCUGGUCCUGUCCACAUCGAUUUGAGAAUCCAUUUUUCCCACAGUGAUAAGGGUGCUUACAAACCCGUCCCCUCUCACUGCUUUUUUGGGUAACGUCACAGGAUGCACAUCUUAAUAAUUCCAAAUGUAAUAUGCUGACCUUCUGCACUUUGUUAGCCUGAUGUCAGUGUGGGACGACUGACACUACUUUAAUAGUGUAUGACAUGUCUACUGGGUGGGUUCAUGGGUGGGGUUUGUUUUGUGUUUUAGUGACAGUAUUUUUUAUGGACUGGAUCAGAUACAAAUACUGUAAGCUGGUUCUGAUACUGUCUUUGUACAGCUUUGUAUCUGUGUGUUUUAGUGAAGGAUGAAGUUAUAACAUAACCUCACAUGUCCUCUUUUUUAUAACUAUGUCCCUGUGCAGCAAAGUGGGGCGUUUGUUUAUGGAGCCAUGAGUUUCACUGACAAGUCUGCUAAUGGCGUGGCUGUGAUGAUCAUCCAGGCUCUGCAUCCUUGUCAGUAAGUACCAGAGACACUGUGAACUUCAUAGUCAAACACAUAAAGGGAAGUUUUGUGACAUUAGGUAUGAGUAAUGUUGUCUUUCCACAUCUGUGAAACAUGCACAGACUGAGGCUGGUUAGUUGAAUCAGUGUUGAUCAAGUUAUUUGGAAAUAGUAAUUUUUUAACUGAUCAGUGAUUAGUAAUCCUGUAACUUUACUAAUUACUCAUUUAAAAAAAUAGUUACUUUAAUGAGUUACUUUACAAAAACAUUAUGCAAAACCUGAAUACAAAGACCUUUUAGCCUAAUUCUAUUCAAUGGAAUAUUUUGCACAUUAUCAUAUAAAAUUAAAAUUGGCUUUUUUAAAACUUGUUUCAUUAGUUGCAGUCUUUUACUUCAUGCACAUUGUAUCGAACAGUCUCGGACUUCAAUAAAAUUGUUGAAAAUGUUAACGCUUUUUCUGCACAUAUCACCAUAGUUUAAUAAAAUAAAGCCAGUCCUUCUUCUGUUAACUUACAUUUCACCAUUCAGCGGCACUUAGUCCUGUCGCUCUGAAGUCUAUUUUCACCUGUUUAGAAGGAGAGGUGCCCUCAGAAUUGGCUGUGGUGGCCACAGCGGUCAUGCCAGGUAUUUGCUGUGAGUUUCACUUUCACGUGCUGGCUUGCUAGGUGCUUUAUCAGAUUCAAGGUGAAUUUUUUGCUGUAAAUAAAAGUUUUCUUCCCACGCAGAGUGAAUAGCAUAUGCUAAUGUUUUUGUCUUCUUUUACCGAGUCAAACUUGAGACAACGUUGGUGUUUCAGAGCAUUAAACGCUGCAUGGUCGUGCUCUCUCCUGCGCUCCAUGUUGUCUCUUGUUGAUCACUAGUACAUGUGUCUGUUUUAAACCACUAUCGUUGCUCUGCUCACACAUCAUUUACUGUCACGACUCACUAGACAGUCUCACAAAACGAAAUCACGGUUUAGUAACGUAGUAACGCGGCCUGCUUGCGGGAAAGUAACAGUGAUCUAAUAAUUGUUUUUGAAAUUGUAACCCCCUACAAAGCUCUCCAUGCCCUAGCCCCAUACUAUCUCUCUGACCUCCUCAAGGACUACAUCCCGGCGCGUACUCUGCGGUCUGCAGACCUUGGGCUCCUCACUGUCCGCUAUGGGAAAAGGCGAUCCCUUGGUGACAGAGCCUUCAGUGUGGCCGCCCCUCCUCUCUGGAACUCUCUCCCCUCUGAGAUUCGCCAAGCACAGACUCUUGACUCUUUCAAGUCUGCUCUGAAGCGACACUUGUUUAUCCAGGCUUUUGGUAUUUAGUUUUUGUAGUGUGUUGUUAAGCGCCUUGGGUAUCCUGAAAGGCGCUAUAUAAAUGUAAGAUAUUAUUAUUAUUAUUAUUAUUAUUAAUUUACUCAUUACUUGAAAAAAGUAAUAAGAUUACACAUUACCUAACCUGUUACUACCCAUCAGUGAGUUUAAUUUAUGUUGAAGUGGGUUUACAGUUCAAGUGUGAUAUAUGAGAAUGUGUUUUACAGUUUGUCAACAUAAUGAAACCGACCCCCCCCCCCCAUCUGUCUUCUAGCACCGUCAACUGUUGUCCUGCAUGUGUGUGGUUCUACCAUUACAUUAUGGUCAUAGUGACAGGAGGCAUGGCCAUCAUUGCAGCAUUGGCGCUCUGCUCCAUCCUUAUUUGGCCAAUCAAGAUCAGACUACGUGAGUCAUUACUUAAUUAAUACACUGUUUGUGAUUGAAGUUUCGCAGAUCAUCACCACACUUGUUUCUUUUUGUUUUAUUGCACAGCUGUCCUAAUUAAACUCAGUUUGGAAAUGUUGCAAAGCUUGAUUAGUCACCCUUAUUCAAUCACUAAAAAUAUUCAGUGUUGUGUGAUUCACAGAAAAUCUCUAGCAUUUCUUUAAAUACUCCUACAGUAAAUAAUCUGUUUGUUUGUGUGUAGGAGGUUUACCAGCCAUUUCUGAGGAUGAAUCCCGAGUCAACUAACAUCCAGCCAGCACUCUCCCUAUGAUGGCACAUAGCCGGUCAAACUGAAGAGAAGCCCUCACUUUUAUCAUGACAUUUUUUUCUUUGUCACAUUCCUCCCAGAGAAAUCCUCUCUGGCAACACGUGUCUGAAAGAGCUGCAGGAGAAAUAAGGGAAUCAGAGCUGAAAGGGAGAGCAUUUAAAGCACUUUUGCUCUGUUGAUUUUGCCAGUUAAACUGAAGUGCCUUUGAGCCAGUUUUGUUUCUUCCUUCCUCAACCCUUUUCAUUGUUGCAAAGUCAUUGUUUUAACUGGUGUUUUGGCUCCAGUGAAGUUAUAAUUAUCAGGCAGUAAUCCCAGUCUUCAACACUGAACUUUUGCCCUUUGCUUAACUGAUUAGACCUCAAUAUCUACCAGACUAAUGCGCACAGGUUAUAGUUUUGAUUGAGAUGCCUCCUAAAUUCUGGUCACUGGGUAGACCAGAGAGACAACAUGAGCUAAAUUUUGUCCUGAGACUGUGUGGAGACUCUCUGAAGGUUUGUAGGGAACAAAAACACUCUUGAAGUGGAUAAACUCUAGCAGAGCCACACUCAGUGUGGAAACUAACUCCAGAUCUAGGUCCAGAUCUUCAUCAUAAGAAAGAGGACCAAGGCUCUGUUCCAGUGCAGAUCACAAUCAAUCAAUCAAUCAAUCACUUAGGCACAAAUGUUAUCUUGACACUUUCAUAAAAAGGGACACUAUUACGGAUCUACUACACGAGGUGUUUUCAGUAAAUUGUUGUCAGUGUGUUGAUCUCAUUUCCCCCUUUUUUUGAAUGUAUUCCUGCCAUAUAUUUUCAUCCAUGUAAAUUCUGAUUCUGUAUUUUAUGGGAAUAAAACUGGUAAAUCAUUGAUCCCUGAAGCAUAAAGUUCCCAAAAAAGCACCUGCUUCAGUUUACUUUAUUCAUUGCUCUAUGGAUCUUCUGGGAUGUACUCUUUUUGUUGAGCCUGUUUAUGUCUUUGUUGUCUGUGUCUGAGAUAUAUAAAAAAGUGAAACCAUGGCUUGAUGUUCCAUUUUUACUUCUCUGGAAAAAAAAAGAAUAAAACCCUCUUUUGAAUGUUGAAAA